AUGGCGCGGGUGGGUCAGGUCACACAAGGGGGCCUCUGGGGGGGGAAAUCAAAGUUCUUGGAGAUCUGUAGAGUAUGGUAGUUAACGGCAACAAUAGUUUGCAGUGGGGUGUUGUGGGCGACGGUUAACGUUUCGCCCGUUUCCACUCAGGAGGUAGGGUGUUAAGUGUUUGGGGUGGAUCUGCCGGCUGUAUAUUCCAUUUGUUUAAGAGUUGUAUGCCGUCUUCUGGGCUGAGCACUGCCGUGGCCUGUCCAUUACGUAUGAUUAACAGUUUGGUGGGGAAACCCCAUCUGUAUUGGAUUUGGUGUUUUCUCAGGGCGGUUGUCACUGGGGUGAAGAGUCGCCGCGUGGCUAAUGUUGCUGGGGAUAUAUCAGCGAAUAUUUGAAUGUCCUUGUAAACUUCAGCUAGGGAUUUGUUUGUUCUGCUGGCUCUGAGUAUCUCUUCCUUGAUAUGGUGGUAAUGUGCGCGUAGUAGCACGUCUCUGGGAGCAGAUACCGGUGCUGCUUUUGCUUUAGCCACUCUGUGUAUGCGGUCCAAGAGAAGCAUUUGAGCUGGUAUGUCAGGACAUAGGUUCUGGAACAGGUUCGUGGCGAAUGCUUGUAGGUCCCCCACUGCCACAGAUUCUGGGAUGCCCCUGAGCCUCAGAUUGUUCCGGCGGGACCUGUCUUCAAGGUCUGCCAGUUUAUCAUGUGAGGAUAUGUGUGCUUCCAGUUGUUUAAUUUUAGUGAGCAUGGUGUUGUGUGCAGCUGCAUGGGUUUCCAAUUUAUUUUCUAGGUGCUCUGUCCUGUCUCCAAUGGCUUGAAUUUCUUUUUUCAGGUCAGAUAUGGAGGUUUGGAAAUGUGCCAACAGCUUGUUUGAUUGGGCAUCUAGCAUGUUUUGUAUUAGGGCUGGGGUGAUUUUUCCCUCUCCCUCUUGUGUAGUGGGUAAGGGGGGGCUUGAGUCCUGACUUUCCCCUGAAUCAUUGUCGCCAUCUUGGAGGCCUACCUGGUCGGCCGACGGCCUGUGCUGGUUCCUCGCAAAGUGUGCUUCAUUUCCGCUGGUCAGAGCAAUUUUCCCAUGAUCCUUACCUUCCCUCUGUGUUCCCACAAUGCUUCCUGUCAUUUUACAUGAAACUGCCGAAUUGCGUUCUAACUGAAUGAGAACAGUAUGUUCGUUUCUCUUAGAACGCAAUUCGGCACUUUAUUCGGAUCGGAAUUUCAUUCUAAUGAAUGAAACGCUGAUCCUAUUCAUUGCUGUGGCUGCAUCUUUCAGCCGCUUAGUAGAUAACUCCCUAAUUCCCACGGUAUCAGGGAGCUAUCUACUAAAAGGCUGAAAGACCUAAAUUGGUCUUUCAGCCACAUUUACUAAUACUAAGUAAAGAUUACUUAGUAUUAGUAAAUUAAAUGCCCCUACUCGCUAUACCGCGAGUAGGGGCAUGUGUAGUAAGCAGUGAGCAGCAUAUAGCUGCUCACUGUAAAAAAUAAAAUAAAAAAUAAUAAUACCCCCCCAUCUUUAUUUCGGGCCCCCACGGUGGGUGGGGGCCCUAAAUAAAGAUAUGGGGGGGGAACUUCUGGCCCCCACCCCUGCGCGGUGGGUGGGGGCCCUAAUAAAACAAUAGGGGGGGGACCUAGUGUCCUCCCCCCCUGGCCCCCACCCCUGUGUGGUGGGUGGGGGCCCUAAUAAAACAAUAAGGGGGGGACCUACUGUCCUCCCCCCCCGGCCCCCACCCCUGAGCGGUGGGUGGGGGCCCAGUAAAACAAUAAGGGAAAGUUCUUGAAUUUUCUCCACUAUGUAAAAUGACCAGGAGCACUCUGAUUGGCUUAAACCCACCCAAUCAGAAAGUGUUCUAAGCCCACUGCAGGGCGGGCAGCAGCUUUAUAAGCUUUGACCAUUUCAAGUGGAGCUCAGUUCAAGGCGUCUCAAGGGCUAACAUGGAUUAAUACUUUUUAUGCUUUUUUUUUAACGAGCGACGGGUAUAAUGGAUUUUUAUUUGGCCUUUUGGGGGGCUGAAGAAAGAAGAUUUUAGAAAAAAGAAGACGUCAAAUGGUAAGUUUAAUUUUUUUUUUUUACAGGUUAGUUAUUUUAUUCCCCCCUCACUAUUUUUAGGGUGAGGGGGGUAGGUAGGGGAUAGGUUUAUUUGGGUGGGGGGUGGGGGUGACUAGGGGCUUGGGACCCCUAGUCACCUUGAUUGCUCAUUUAGGCCCCCACCAUCGCCGUCAGGGGGAGGACAGUAGGUCCCCCCCCUUAUUAGGCUGCCUUACUAGCCCCCCACCCACCGCCAGGGGUGGGGUUGUGGGGAGGACAGUAGGUGUCCCCCUCUUAUUAGGCGAUUAGCCCCACCCACCACAGGGGUAAAUAGGGGGAGGACAGUAGGUCCCCCCUUAUUGUUUCAUAAGGGCCCCCACCCACUGCAGGGCAGGGCCAGAAGUCCCCCAUAUCUUUGUUUAGCCCCCACCCACCGGCCAGGGUGGGAAGUGUUGUGGGGAGGACAGUAGGCCCCCCCCCCCUUAUUGUUUUAUUAGGGCCCCCACCCACCGCUCAGGGGUGGGGGCCAGGGGGGGAGGACAGUAGGUCCCCCCCCUCAUUAUCUUCAUGGCCCCCACCCGCCGCUCAGGGUGGGGGAGGACAAUAGGUCCGCCCCCCCUUAUUGUAAUUUAUGUCUUUUUUUUCAACAGUGAGCAGCCACAGGCUGCUCACUGUUUAGUAGACAUGCCCCUACUCGCGGUAUAGUGAGUAGGGGCAUUUGGGAGAUUUUAAUCUCUCUUGUGCUAUUAUGGGGGUCAUAUUGACCCCCAUAGAGUGAGAGGGGGUACUGGGGGCUUAUGAAGUGGUGGGGAGCACUGCUCCCUGCCACUUCUAUAGUUACAUAUUACAAGGAGGGAGCUGCAUGCCGGUAGCUCCCUCCUUGUAAUAAACUGCACGAACAAACAUACACUGAUACAUUGUGUUUGUUUGUUCGGCUGAUAUUUCUAUUCACUCAUUCGUCUGUCUGAUGAAUGAAUGAAUAGAUGAAAUUCCCGUUCGCAUGUCCAGGUGUUUCACUGGGCAUGUGCGGGAAUCUCACAGUCUGUCUAGUGUGGGCUGAAGACGUGUCCCACAGGGACUUCACCUAUCCACACAAAGAUGGCUGCGCCCUGAAUAUAGAUCGGGGCAGAAAAUAAGGAUUAAAAAAUAGGUAAUGUGGGGGGCUUGGGGGCAUUUGGGGGUGACUAGUGGGUCAAUUGGAUGUAGUGGAGGCGGGAGGGGGGUUAAAAAAAAAAACGAGAUUCGGCAUGACAGUACCGCUUUAAUAGGAUAUUUAACAUAAACCUGUUGUAGUUCAACUUUAUAUAUUUAAUAAAAAGUAGCUGUAAAUGAGAGAGAGGUAAUGGGCUUUUGAUAUUAGAGUAACACAAUAGUCAACCAAACUAUUUUAUCUCAAUAAAGUGGUCUGGGUGCAGUGUUAGUGUCUGUUUAUUUAUUUUUAUUUUUAUUAUGCGUGUAAUAAAAAAAAAAAGAAGCUUGAUAAGCCACGACAGCUAUAACAAGCCUAGUAAAAACAGACAAAACCUAGUAAUGUCUAUUUUGAAGUAAUAACAAAAUAGAGUUUUGAGUACUAAAGAACAUGCUAAACGGUGAUUGUAAUAUAACCUGCUUAGUGUGUACUAGACUGCCUGUAACUGAUAGAAACAAUAAUGGUACCGCUGGACAGGAGCCCCCGAAGCGACAUCAGCAAAACAAAACCAGGUGCCUGCCCGCUGGUGAGAGAUUUAACAGAGUGAGACUGCCAAAUUGGGUAUACAACAAUAGCUCGGCACUUAAAGGGACACUCCAGGCACCCAGACCACUUCUGCCCAUAAACUGCAAUAAUUACAUUGCAGGGUUAAUUCCUCCUCUAGUAGCUGUCUACUAGACGGCCACUAGAGGGCACUUCUGGGAUUCUAGCACAGGUUUUUUUGUGCUAAAGCGUCGCUGGACGUCCUCACGGAAUUUGUGCUAAAAUCCCCAUAGGAAAGCAUUGAAAAGCAGACAGCCACUAUAGUUGCUCCAUGGGUCAGUGCUACACACCAAUGAUGAGCGCUUCUCAUAAAGAAGCAGCAUUGGGCUUUACCAUUGGAAAUCAUUGGGAGGCUAUUGCGCGUACGUGUCAAAUCACCGUUCUGCGCCAAUCAGCAUCUCUUCAUAGCGAUGCAUUAAAUCAGUGCAUGUCUCUGAGAAAUGCUCAUCACUGGUAUGAAGCACUUCUAGUGGCCGUCUGAGUGACUGCAACGAGAAGUCACUUAGAUCAUCAAGAUCAUAAACACUGCAUUUCCUGAAAAGUCAGCCCUUCCAUUAAAAAGCAUGCAGAGGCAGGCUAUACACACCAGAACAACUGCAUUAACCACUUAAGGACACAACUUUUGGAAUUAAAGGGAAUCAAGACGGAAUAUUUCCGUAAUGUGUCCUUAAGGGGUAAAGCUGUAGUUGUUCUGGUGAUUAUAGUGUCCCUUUACUUGUGGCAUGUAGUGUAUGUAGUAGAAUAAUAUUUUCAGGCAUAUAUCUUACAACAUAAGCAUGGUCAAUGUCACUACUGGACUCUGGGGCCGAGUAAACAUGCUAAAUAAUGCUUCACUACAUGGCAGUCUGAUGAAAGAAUCUGGGUUUGAUUAAUGUCACCAGAACACAUUAGGUGCCUAUAAACUGGAAAUAAAUGCUAGUCAACAAGGCCAUGCAUAGUUGUAUAAUGAUGUGUGUAUUUUUCUUAAGUUCUUUGAUACAGAAGAUUAUGUAUGCCAGUCUUCAACCAGACACAAAUACACAAAACGCUGAUUUUGUGAUCUUUGUAUAUUCACAAAUAUAUAAAGUUUGGUGUAGGAGGGAUAAUGGUAUGGAACUGGUUUUCAGGUUUUAGGUUCUUGGUUCCAGUGAAGUCAUCUUAAUGCUACUGGAUACAGACAUUUCAAAUAGUUAGGUGCUUCCAACUUUGUAGCAAGUUUGAGGAAUGAAAGCCCUUUUCUAUUCCAGCAUGACUAUGUUGCUGGACACAAAGUGAGGUUCAUAAAGGCAUCGGUUGACAAGCUUCUUGAGGAAAUCAAGUUGUUUGCACUGAACCACAACCUUUACUCCAUUAAAUACAUUAGAUUUAAUGGAGUAAACAUGGACUAUAAAUUGAAUGAAAACACUGAUUGCAAGCCAGACCUUCUUUUCCAGAAUUUGUGCCUGACUGCAGAAGAAUCUUUUUUUUUUUUGCUAUUUGGGCACAAAAUUCCAGAUACAAUCCUAAAUUUUGUGGAGAGCCUUCUUGCAAGAGUAGUCAUCACCUGACGCACUCAGCCAAUCAGUGAAUCCCCAUUUUAUAAAACUUGCUUGAAAAAGGUGUUUCUUUUCAAGCCACGUUUAUGAAUUGGGACUCAUUGAUUGGCUAUGAGUGUCAGUUGGCCGCUCACAGCCAAUCAGCAGCACUGCUUUCUGAUUCUGCAAGAGCCUUCUUGUUUAGAAAACAGAGGGUCAAGGAGUCAGGGACAUUCAGCAUGGAACAACGUUUUUGGGGAUAAACCAUUUGAGAACCUUAAGUGAGUCAGCGCCAAAGACCUCCUGAUACUAGAACGUCAGUCAAUGAAGUUAUGGUGCCCGGAUUGUUUCUUUAAAUAUAGUUGGCGUAUUAGAUGACAUGUCAUAGAACAGUGUGCAUACUAUGAACUUGGUCUAAAAAAUAUGGUUGCUGUAGAUCCUGUAUGCCUGUGAUUACACUUCCCUGUGUCAUGGUCAGGAGGUUCAUGAACCCAACAAAAAAAGCAGAAUAUCUCUUGAAACAGAAUGACCAUCUGUUGCAUGUGUUGGUUGAUGGUAUACUAGUUGAAUUUUACUCUCACUUUUCUGUUCUCCAAUCUAUAAAGAAUUCUCCAUAUACAGUGUUUUCUCUGACUCAAAAUAUUUGUUUCCAUUUAGAAAUAACAGCUUUGCACGUUUAUCCACUUUGAAAACCAUGACAAUAUUCAUCAGGUCCUAUUUCUAUAGUCAAGAUUUAUGUGUGUAAAAUAUAGCCGCCUAAAUAUCCAAACAAUGCAGAUUUUACUGUAAAUGAGCAGAGUUAGUGUGUGCAUGUGUGUGUCAGCUCUGUUCUGAUUAUGUUCUCACAGCCACCAUAGUGUACCCAGGCUUUAGUGCAUUAUCCUUCAUCUCCCCAUUUUUGUUUGUAUACCUACAAUGUGGGACAAGUUUUACAUCAAACUGAUCCUUUCAACCAUAAGCUCAUCCUCUAAACUGAACCCUCCACACACAUAAGGCACUUCAGCUUAUGUGUGAGGAUUUGAUUAUUUUAUUUGAAGUUUAUAAAAGUGCUAACUUAUAUUUCAAUGUCAGACAGCCAGGGAAGUUACCUUCUUGAGUUGGUUAGCUCCACAGAAAUAAUGAAAGUGACAGGUGUGCCUGCCUUCUCUCCCAAGUCACAGUGACAAGAAGCCUAAUUUGCAGAGCAUUUACUCUUGUUGAGUUAUACCUGUGGCAGAAGAUGGGAUUAAACUCUGUAUGUGCAGUUUUUCAUACUCCCAACACACUGCACAUAUAGGCUGCAGGCACCAUUACAACUUUAAAUAUAUGAAGUGAUCAUGGUGCUUGGAGUAGCCUUUUAACUCUGUCAUGCUGUGAUAUUGUGCUGAUGUUUCUUUCGUAUACAUGACAAAAGACAACAUUUAAAAGUUGAAAAGCAUCUUGAAGGACCACUAUAGUGCCAGGAAAACAAGCUCAUUUUCCUGGCUCUAUAGGGUCUUUGGGUCCAACUCCCGCCGGGCUCCCUCGACGCUGGGGACUCUCGUAUCUCUUCCGACGUCAUCCACAGAAUGCGCAUGCGCGGCAAGAGCCGUGCGCGCAUUCAAUCAGUCCAUAGGAAAGAAUUUCUCAAUGCUUUCCUGUUGGCGUCUUCUCACCCCUUAAGGACACAACUUCUGGAAUAAAAGUGGAUCGUGACAGAAUAUUUCUGUCAUGUGUCCUUAAGUGGUUAAUGCUGCAAGCUUUGUGUAAACAUUCCAAGAGGAAGAUAUUGUCCUUCUUUGUUUACUUUUUUAUUUAAAGGAACACCCCACACACCUAAUGAACCUUAGCUUGCUGAAAUCCUUCGUGUGAAUAGUGUCCUCAUUUUUUUUUUUUCUUUAUUAUGAUUAUUUGUAUUUCUGUUUAAACCUGGUAAUUCCAUCUUCUGUUCUCUGACAAAGAGUGCUGUUAUCUAAAACAUGAUCCAUUUGUAUUUACAGGAAAUGUAAGGGCCAGUAACAUUUGUAAUUAUUGCUUUUUUUCUGUAACCAUUUUACUUUAACUUUUUUGGUUCUCUAUGCUAAUUAAUGCCAAACCUGGAUCAGAUGAGUUAGUUAGAAGUCAUGUUGCAGCAUGACAGGCCUGUUGACUAUAUUUCCAUGAUCAUGUUUGUGUUACUUGUAUUAGCAUGUUUCUUUAACCCAUUAUUCUGUGGAUGUGAUUCAGCAAGUCUAUAUCCAGGGUUGGGCUUUGUUCAUUUGAUCUUGUGACACAGCUCUGUUUCUUAAUAUUGGACCAUAAUAAGAAGUGAAGUGUGAUUGUAACGUAACCAUCAUAGCUGUGUGAUUGCCAAUGUUGCCACUCUGUAUCAUAACAAUUGUAUACACAAGUCACACCUACUUUUAUCUCCUCUCCAUUUUUAUUUGUUCCUCUUAUGCAAUAAGCUUUGCCCUUCCCCCCCCCCUAAAAAAAAUUUCCUUUAUAUUUUCACCAUGAUCCCAAUUUAUGUCUUUAUAUCUCUGCGGUAUAUCUCUUCCCUUGCCCUUUUUUACUCUAUUUUGUCUUCUCUCAUCCACGUCCUUUUUGCCUAGUCUCUUUCCACCUUACCUACACUAUAUGGACAAAAGUGUUUGGACACCUGACCAUUGCAUCAACAGGGACUUUUAUGAUAUUGCAUUCUAACUACAUAGACAUUUGAUAUCUAGUUGGUUUCUCCCUUUGCAGCUUUAACAGAUUCCACUCUUCUGGGAAGGGUUUCCAGAAGAUUUUUGAUUGUUUUGGUGGGAAUUGUUGCCCAUUUAUCCAAUAGAGUAUUUGUGAGGUCAGACACUGAUGUUGGACGAGAAAGUCUGGCACGUAAUCUCUGUUCCAAUACAUUCCAAAGAUGUUCGAUAGGGUUGAGAUCAGAGCUCUGUGCGGGCCUGUCAAGUUAUUCCACAUCAAACUGCUCCAACCAUGUCUCUGGUCAUUCUUUGUAUUGGGGCACAGUCAUUCUUAAAUGGAAAAUGGCCUUCUCUAAACUGUUCCCACAAAGUUGGAAGCAUAGCAUUGUCGAAAAUGUCUUGGUAUACUGAAGCAGUAAGAUUUCCUUUCACUAAAAGUAACUGGCCUAGCCCAACUCCUGAAAAACAGCCCCAUACCAUUAUCCCUCUGCCACCAAACUUUCCAGUUGGCACAAUCCAGUCAGGCAGGUAAUGUUUUCCUGGCAUCUGCCAAACCCAGAAUCGCGCAUCAGACUGCCAAACAGAAAAGCAUGAUUCGUCACUCCAUUGGUCCAGAGUGAAGUGGUGGCAUUCUUUUCAAUUUAUUUAGUUAUGUGAGGCUUGCAUGCAGCUGCUCGGCCAUGGAAACCCAUUCCAAGAAGCUCUUGCGCACAGUUUUUGUGCUGAUAUUAAUGCCAGUGGAAGUUUUGAAUUCUUUGACUAUGGAAUCAGCAGUGCGUUGGUGACUUUUAUGCACCAUGCUCAUCAGCUCUUUAUGAUCUCCUGCUUUGUAGCAGAGUUGCUGCUGUUCCUAAACGUUUCCACUGUCCAAUAAUACCACUUACAGUUGACUGUGGAACAUCUAGCGGGGAUGAAGUUUCACAAACUGAAAUGGUGGCAACCAUUCACAGUACAACGCUUAAAUUCCCUGAGCUCUUUAGAACAACUCAUUUUAUUUUUCUCAAAUGUUUAUAAAUGCAGACUGCAUGGAUAGGUGCUCGUUUUUUGUUUUUUUUUAAACACCUGUUGCAAUGGGUCUGAUUGAAACGCCUGAAUCUAGUAAUUAAGUGGUGUGUUCGAAUACCUUUGUCCAUAUAGUGCAUCACAUCUUUGAUUUUUCACUCUUGCCCCUUUUUCACCAGCUUCCAGCAUCUCUUCUGAUAAUUCCAUUCUUCAUCCAUAAAGUCUUUAAUCUAAUUUUCCAUUACCCUUUUGUCUCCAGAUCCUCAAACCAUCAUUUUCCUUCUGAUCAUUAUCCCCCUCACACUCCUUUCUUACUUUUAUCACCAGAUCACUUUCCUUUUUUUUUAAAAAAUUCUUUUUUUCUGUGCCAAGUUGUACAUGCGAGUUACAUUCAGCAUUUCAUGAGAUCGUAAGUUUGCAAAUAUUCGACAGUAGCAAGUAAUCCCUUAGUAUGUGGGGUUAGUUUUAGGAUUUACGGUGAAAUGCGUUUGGUAAGCACUUUUUUAUUUCAGCCAUGUUUGGGAACAAACCCGGGGCUAGCUAGAUGUCUGCAGGCUAGUGAUUGGCUUGUGUUGCGCUCCCGGGGUACUACAGGCGUGGGGUGUGAUGUAUGCUCCUUUGUGGUGCAUGAGGCUGCAGGGCUGCAUAGGAGCCUACACAUGUGUGGUGUCAGGUUGGCGUCUAUGUGCGUUGAUAGUGCCAGGAUGUGUGUACCUACUGGGUACUAUAUGCGGAGUGAUGUUCAUGGUCGUGUGGACGUUGAUCCGGUCGAUGACUUGGUGGUGGACUGGCACGCUUAGUGUUACCCCUGACCUAAGGGGGUGGCGGGGGGGGGGUGUUUAAGGCGCUUCUUGUUGCCAGAUUGCCUGGGUCUCAGAGUCAAUGGCAUGCUGAGUGAAAGAGGUGUGUAAACCCCGUUAUGUUUCUGGGCAGUGGUACCUAUCCCAGGAGUUGGGGUGUGUUGUCUGCAUGUGCAUACAAGAAAAUAGAAGGAAACGAGAUUAAAAAAAAAACAAACAAAAAAAAAAAAAACCAUAGUAGCUAAACAUGAUAAACUCUUAAUUGGUUUGGGUAAAAGUCCAAGCAAGUAGUUGGUCAGUGUGGUUUUCGAUAGCCAGAUGGUUGUUCAGCGGCCAGGUUGGCUCAGUCCCAGAUAAGGGUCAGGUGUUGGGGCGCUUUGGGUAUUCCGCCAGUUGUCCGGAUGAGGAGUUGGGUGUUGGGUCCCAGGUGACAUUUUGAUUGUCGUCUGUGGUAGACGGUUGACUCGGCUGCAAUCCCAUUGCAGACAGGAAGGCUGGGGCUCCCAUGGGGGAGGCAAGGUUGUGGGUGGUCCCAGCAUGAUGGACAAUUAAGGAGCCGGUGUUCCCCUAUCUGUAUGAAAUGUUCGCUUUGCGUAGAGUGGACGUUACUGGGCCAAAAGAUUUGCGUCUAAGCAACGUGGCUCUGGUGAGGUCUUGAAAAAAAUAAUAACUUUGCGUCCUCAAAUUCCAGUGGCGUUUUGCCUUUCAGGGCAGUCAUUAUUUGAAUCUUGUCAUGUAUGAUGACACAUCGCAGGAUGACAUCUCUGGGGGUGCCCGGUGCGGUGCGUGCUGAGCCUGUUACUCGGUACAUUCCGUCCAGUGUGAUUUUCUUAGCUAUUGGUUGUGACAGGAUUGUAGUUAAGAGACGUCGCGUGUAGUGCGGCAGUUCUUCAGUGGUGAUGGUGUUGGGUAUGCCGCGGAUCUUUAUAUGUGUUCGGCGUUGUUUGUCUUCAAGGGACAUUAUUUGGGUUGCUAGGACAUGUUGUUCCAUGUGCAGCUGUUGGACUGAGUCUUUCAGGGUGGUCAUAGUGGUAUGGACUCCUGCUAUGUCCCUCUCUGCGUUUGUGACACGGUCUGUGACUCGUUGCAUGUCCCUUUUAAUCAGGGCUACAUCUGCAGCCAGUAGCUUCUGGAUGUCUGCCAAGAGGGCUUUCAGGUCCCCUUUAGUGGUGGGGGCUGAGUCCUCUGGAGAGGCUGGGGAUGUUGUGUGUCCCACCUGGGGGUUCUGCGUGUGGAGGGUCUCCUCUCCUUCUGUCUCCGGGACGGGGGCCAUGUUUGGCGGGAAAUCCGCAUAUGCUGUCGCGGUCUGCGCUGGUCGGAGCAGCAUUUCCCCUAUGUCCCUACCUUGGGUAGUAUUUCCAGCCGUGGGUUUAGGGGUGCGUCGGCCCAUGGUUGGUGCGUCCUGCAGGGGGCAGACUGGAUAGUCGCGACCCGCUCUCUGUCCACCGAGGAGUGCCUCGAGGCUGAGGAUUGGUGUGGCACAGUAGGCCGCGGUUUUGCGCCGCUGCCUGGGUUGCUUGGUGGCUUGAAAAAAGGGCAUUAAACUGCUCGCCCCAACGUCGUGGUGCUGGAGAUGCACUUUGUUUUGCCGGAUGACCCCUGUGUAGGGUGAUUUUAGCAAGAUUGUGGUCGGCAAUCUGGGAGCUGCGUAAGAUGGCGUCUAUACAGGUUGGUCGUCAGGCUCCGCCCCUACCAGAUCACUUUCCUGCCUCUGUCCUUAUUGCACUUCUACCAUCACCCUUCUCCAUCAGUUUGAUAUAAUGCAAAUAGAUUUACUAUUCAUACUGUUUCCUAAUUCUUAGUGUGCCAUCGUCAUGCAACUGUAUGAAUCAAAAUAGGUGCUAUCACAUAGAAAGUUGAAGAGACUUUUUACACAUUAAGGUGCACUAAGCCAAAUAGCAUAGUGAGGGACCUAUACUACUAAUAUUUGAAAAACUGUUACAUAGCACUUUGGGUAGCCAGUUGCGGUAACAUAAAUGUUCUCUGGGUAGGUCAUAUCAACAUUUUGUAUUUUAAGGUAGAUAGAAUGAGUACUUUUAAUUUGGGUAAUUAAAACCACUGCUCCCCAGGAGCAUAUGCUUGCACAUGGUGUGCAAUGGCAUGUUCUAAUGCCGGGCUGGAUGGUGCACUCUGACCACAAAUUAAAUCCCUGUCUACAACUUUAAUUUUGUUUAGAUCAUUAAAGGAAGUUCAUAUUUUUAUGUUGUCAUUUGUUUAUUUUUAUGAACACACCGGAUUCAUGCUAGAGCAAAUAUUUGGUAUUCAUUUUAUUUAUGUAGCGUUUUCUUGGUCGUUAUUUAAAAAAAAAAAAAAAAAAAAGUACCUUUUUCCAGCGCUGGGCAGGGAGCUCUCUGCCUCCGUUCCUCCCCGUCGGCUGAAUGCGCACACGCGGCAAGAGCUGCGCGCGCAUUCAGCCGGUCGCAUAGGAAAGCAUUAUCAAUGCUUUCCUAUGGACGCUUGCGUGUUCUCACUGUGAUUUUCACAGUGAGAAUCAUGCAAGUGCCUCUAGCGGCUGUCAAUGAGACAGCCGCUAGAGGUUUGGGGGAAGGCUUAACCCAUUUAUAAACAUAGCAGUUUCUCUGAAACUGCUAUGUUUAUAAAAAAAAAUGGGUUAACCCUAGCUGGACCUGGCACCCAGACCACUUCAUUAAGCUGAAGUGGUCUGGGUGCCUAGAGUGGUCCUUUAAUGUAGUUAGUUGUUCUGGUGUUUAUAGCCUCUCCCUGCACACUUUUCAAUGUAAACACUGCCUCUAAACUACCUUUUCAGACAAAAGGCAGUGUUUACAUUGCUGUUUGAGUUACUGUCACUAGAGGGGUUACCAGACCUCUAGAAGUGUUUCGUGUUAAUGCUUCCUAUAGGGAUGCAUUGAUUCAAUGCAUCUCUAUGGGGAGAAAAUGAUUGCGCAACAUUGCAAUAGUUUCCCAAUGUUUCUCUAUGAGGAAGCAUUAGAUUGGCUGAGAUCAGCAAGAUGGUUUGCCAUGGAGGUGGAGCCAGCUGUGGCAUUAUUGGCACGGCGUUGGUAAAGAGGUGAGUAAAAACACCUUUCCCAUGUGAUAGGAGAGAGCAGUAUAAGUAUUUUAGAAAUAUUUGUUGUGCCCUGCUUGUUUUAUUGUAUGAACAUCUCUUUAUUAUGCCCAGCUCUUUGCAUUGUAUGAGUAUCUCUGUACUAUAGAGAGGAGUAAAAUUCUAGGGGAGGAAGCUGGCACCCCCACCAUCUCAAAACGUCACCAGCUGCACUGGUUUGUAUGUAUAUAAAUGUAAAUUCAGUAGUCUUUAUUUAUUUUCAUCUUUCUCUUCUUCCAGGAAAUAAGAUAUAAAUCUCCUGUAUUGUCCAAUAAGAUUGCAAAGAAUCCAGAAAACAAGAGCCGAAACAGAUACAGGGAUGUUAACCCAUGUGAGUCAAAUGUUAUCUUGUUGCUCUCCUUUUGUGAUCAUUGUGAAUUUUUUCUUUUCUUUUCUUUUUCUUUUUUUAAACUUUGAUUUAGAGAAAAAAAAACGUAUUCAUGUCUGUAUAAGCAUGUGUGCAUAUAACUUCCCCACCCAAACACAUAUUACUUUUUACCAUGCCUAUAUAGGUGUUACAACGCAAAUUUCUAUAUUAUUUAACUGUGCAAGGCAUCACAAAAUCUGUUUAUCAAAUUAUGUGGCAAAAAAAACAACUCUUCCAAAAACCAUACACAGUGACAAACAAUAGUUCCCAUUUUCUCACAGGGCGUAACAGCCUAGCCCUAGAGGAACACUUUGUAGCAGGGAAAGAACCUGCGGCGAGCUGAGGAUAAGACUAGUAGCCACAAGCCAUGUGACAGGUGUCAGGUGUGGUGACAUAAAAUUGCCGCCCCUUGCCACUCAUACACCUGUCACAUGGCUUGUGGCUACUAGUCUUAUCCUCAGCUCGCCGCAGGUGCUUUCCCUGCUACAAAGUGUUCCUGUAGGCUGUUACGCCCUGUGAGAAAAUGGGGAACUCUAUGGUACGGUGUAGAACUGUGAAAAAGAGGGUUAUAGGCUCCCAAUGCCAAGAAAAGGAUUGACUAAAAAAUCUUAGCAAUUUCCUGGUCUGUGCAAAAACCUCGCUACAGAAGCAUUUAGAGAGAAAACUCCUACAAGGAUAAUUUUAUUUCAUCUAUCACUGGAAGAAUUAUUGCAUAUAUACUCCACCUUAUAUUGUAUGUAUGUUUCUGUUUUUAUGUGGGGAUAAAGGGAAAACCCACAUAAGGUGUUUUGAGUAUUUGUCAUUUUAUUUGGUGUCACUCAUUGGGAUAUUGUCACAUAGCAGUGACAAACAAUAGUUGCACAUUCUUUCUGUAGCCUUGGCUGCUCUGUGACUGCAGCUCUAUUAUUGGUUCUGUUGCCUCUCCCCUGUUUCCUAAUCUGUCCCAGAAGUCAUGGCCUUCUGCCUUCCUGCGAUUUCAGUCAAAGCUUAGUCUUCUUGCAGGUAAUACAAGGAUUCUAUUUUGUGUGUGUGUGUGUUGCACAUGUUUUUUUUUUGUUUUUUUUUAUAUCUAUACAUAUCCAUGCAUAAAAUGCUUUGGUAUAGUAAUAUGUGGGGAAAAUCAACCGACGUGUUAAGGAGGACCAAAUAUGUUUUUGUAUUUAUUUAUAAUUUUUUUUUUUUUUUUUUUCAGACAUGGUAUAAGGUAGUGUAUCACCAAUAAGUGAAAAUACUUGUUAAAGACAAAUAGCAGAGUUCUGAUAACAGAAUGUGGGCAACUUUCAUCCUUUCACUACCUGUUUUUGGUGUGGUCACUAGUGAUGUCCCGAACGGUUCGCCGCAGACUCAUCAUUGAGUAAACUUUGACCCUGUACCUCACAGUCAGCAGACACAUUCCAUCCAAUCAGCAGCAGAGGAGGGAGGGUCUGCUGCUGAUUGACUGGAAUGUGUCUGCUAACUGUGAGGUACAGGGUCAAAGUUUACGCAAUGAUGAGUCCGCGGCGAACUGUUCAUGGCGAACCGUUCGGGACAUCACUAGUGGUCACCCUACAGCCUUCAAAAUAGAUUGUAGAGGUUGCAUGUUGUGAAAAAAUCCAAAUAACAAUCCAGGCCUCAAAGUCAGUCUUCUAAUGACAUUUUUUGAGGUCCGCAAGGUUUAAAGUUCUUUCAUAAAAAAACCCUUGCUUUCAACAACAGUUCUCAGUGAACUGUAUGUAGCUAUGUUGUGUUCUCUACGCUGGUUUUCAUGCUUUUUCCAGGCUUAGGGAGGCCACAUGCAGGCAAGAAGGCCUAACUUGUAAAUUCGUAAUGCAUGCUUUGUAAAAGAGGUUACAAAAUAGUUUCAAAUGCAGUUUAGGAGUCAAGCCUAUUGACGAGUGAGCUAGUAAGGUAAAUGCUUCUUCUCUGGUUUGCCAUGUGCCAAUGUUGAAAAGAGAACCUUCAUAAAGCUUUCUUAUCAUAGUUCAUAUUACAUGAAUCUGAAAUGUCAAACUGUCUUCCCCACUGCAUUGUGUAUGGGGCAUUUGACCAACAGUGGAGAUCCUCCUCUGAAAUACUAGGAUAGGGUCUUAAUCUGAAUCCAGCAUACUGUGCAUGGACAGGGAUUACCUAUACUGGGGAAACUGUGGACAUAGUAUAAGUCCUAAAGGUAAAUUUGAUAUGGUUUAGCAGCUCUCAUCUCCUUCUGGAAAACACAAAGAUCCAAUGAUAAACCUGAAGGACACCAGAAGAACUCUAGGUAAGGGAUUCACUUCACUACCCUGAACUGAAGGCUACAACUCAAAUUACACUUUCCAGUAGCUUAUUAAAACUAAUAAAAUACCCUUCUCUGCAUUGAUAUGCUUAACAUGUUCCAGUAUGACCAAUGUUUAAUGGAUUUCAUUAGCUGCUAAAAAGUUUCUAUGGAGCCAAGGAAGAACAUGUCUACUAAAGUAUACCUGCAAACCUUUCCCUCACGCGCACUAUAUAUUUUCAAUUAAACAAACUGUUAUUGUACACUUCACUUUUUAUUGUUCUAAAGUUGCUAUAUUUCAAAAUAAAUUUGGUCAAUAGAAAUUUUUAUUUUUUAUUUUUAGUAUCUUCACACUCACUGUGUUGGCUAUGCUGUUUCUUUAACACAGUAAUUACCACUGUCCAUUCUAAAACAUCAGCCAUUUUCUCAAAUACAUACCACACAAAGUAGCCCAUUUAAUCUUCCUCUCUCCUUCAUGUUGCUGUAAUCUAUUUUUGAUGAGGAGCAAGAGUAGCUUGCCACCAGCAUUAUAACUGGUGUUACUGUGUCAGCUGUCUCACUCUUCUUGCAGCACACAUGGGUGGUGUUCUCCAGUGGUUGAUUAGGAAUAGAUCCAUCUUCAUGCAGUAUAUCUGCAAAAGCAGACAUGUGGUCAAACUGUUGUGGAAUGCGAAGGGACAGUGUAACGGAACUCCCCGUACUCCGACCGAGUACCUUCCGUUGAUGGAUGCUUCCUAGCUUGCUCUGUGGACCGCAAGCACCGCACCGGACAUCACAACCACCGCUGACUCCACAACAGCCGUAGCUUAACUGGAGUCUCGCCGUCUUCCUUCCCUCUGCACGGUGCACUGCCGCUGGGGAGGGAGGUUGCUGCUCUCCUCUCCUUGUAGGGAACACUGCCGCAGGGUCGAGAGGCCAGCUGCCUCCUCUCCCUGCAGAACACACUGCUGCUGGGGAGAGAGACCGGUUGUCUCCUCUCCCUGGAACUCACCCUGCCACUGGGGAGUGAGACCAGCUGUCUCCACUCCCUGCAGAACACACUGCCGCUGGGGAGAAAGACCGGUUGUCUCCUCUCCCUGGAACUCACCCUGCCGCUGGGGAGAGAGACCGGUUGUCUCCCCUCCCUGGGACUCCCACUGCCCUGGCGGUACCUCCAAGGUAUACUGGGACUGACUGGAGCUGAGUAGGCACUGGUAAUCCUGCUCCAGUUCCCAUUCCUGGAUGGCCGAUUCAAACAGGUCUGGCUCUAGGUCUUCAUCCAUAAUGAGAUCUAGAAUGUCUGCUCUGGAUUCAUAUAUGUCCCAUAGCCGUGACUCUGCAGCGUCCCCGAACCUUGGUCCGGCAAAGCCGUCCCAUAAUAGGCCAGGGCCAUUGUAAUCUUCUCCCUCUGGUCUGUCGGACUUAGCCAUCCCGGGAACACGCUGAACUGCAUACCAAUGUAGCGCCUGGUAUGCAUCGAUGAGCCCCAGUUCCCUCUGUGCCAGAGAAUUAAGCUGCAUUACCAACUCCCACCUGGGCUGUUCUCCCAUCAUAGACAUCCACAGGGCCACUUGGGUCUGUAGUUGCUGCUGCUCACUGGGGAGACGCUCACCUCGCUAACGCUGGACACCCUCCAGGGCUUCGUCCCACAUCUCUUUCCUGGCGCCCUCUCUGCAGUCCAACCUGGUUGCCUCUGAUACUGACUCACCCAAUGGGGCCAAGAGGCUCUGUAACCUCCAGUCGAACUCAUCCUCCACUUCGAGCGCUGUCCAGGGAUUUGCUGGCUCCAUAUCGCUCCGUAAUAAUCCCGGUGUCUCCAGGGUGCUGUUCCUCUCACUAGAAAGCCAUCUCACCGCUGCCACCACUGUAACGGAACUCCCCGUACUCCGACCAAGUACCUUCCGUUGAUGGACGCUUCCUAGCCUGCGCCGAGGACCACAACCACCGCAGACUCCACAACCGAACGUAGCUUAACUGGAGUCUUGCCGUCUUCCUUCCACCUUGGAUCAGCUUCUGUCCUCCAGGAUCGUGUGGGGAAGUCUUCUCCUCCAGGAGAGCGUAUUAGGAACAAGCUAUUAAAAGAGCUAAGUGAUUAAAGCUUAAGGGAGUAUGCAGAGCAUAGCAAUCCCCAGUGUGAGUAUAGCUGUCCCCUCCAAUCACGAGACAAGACUAUGUGUUGAGGGUUAAGAAGAUCUGUCUGUACUGGCACAUACAGCCUCUUUUAUUCACAUUCUACAAACAUAGUACUGCCCACAGGGUUUUGAAGAACAACCAAUCAAACACAUUACAACACAGCUAACACUCAUAUUCAUUACAUCAGAAAUCCUCCCCUCUGCCUGUGAUACAAUUAUCUCAACACAAUAGACUAACUUAAUUAUCCCAGGCAGGAAAAUACAGUAAUAUAAAACAUAUCACAGGGACCCACAAACAUGCAAUAACCCCAUAAAAAAAAAGAAAUAAUAAAAAAAAAAAAAAAUAUAUAUAUAUAUAUAUAUAUAUAUCUAUAUCUAUAUCUAUAUCUAUAUCUAUAUCUAUAUCUAUAUCUAUAUCUCCUUGGAACCGGGGGAUCUGGGUGAACCACAUAUCCAAAAUUCACCCAGAUCCGUUCAGUAGUUUGGAAGAUACGGUUUAAUGCAGAUUCAGCAGAACAUAUACAGGCUAUAUGAAAAAUAAUUACUGUUACACAAACCGCACUUUUACUGAUGAUAUUGUUGUGAUACAUUUUCCUGUUUUGAAACCCUAAUAUUUGUGUUUAAAACUACUGAACGAUGUCUUUUGUGCACCAAAUACCGGUCAGAUGGCACCAUGUAGAAAAGUCAAAACAGUGUCUGGGAGUUAAAAUGGCUGCCAUCCAUUGUUCUCACCAUGUGCUUCAUCCAUUGUUCUCACCAUGUGCUUCUGAUACAUGAAAUGGUGGCCACCCAGUAACUCCACAGUAUGUCCCCAGAUGGUUCUUCAAGGGCCAGCAGCAGCAUAAUAAAAUACAAUAUAUCCAAAUCAGCUCCUUAAAGGGCAAUACAUCCCAGGGCCAUAGUCGCAAGGCAGGAGGCUGGCAAACAGGCCCCUCCAAAAAACCAGUGGCGAGGUCACUUUUGCCAAAGGCAGCAUUUCACAUAGUUGCGUAAAAGGCUUACCCAUGAGGCAGUCUUUUAUGGAUACGAUUGAUCCAAGCAUCAAGUAGAAUGCUCUCAUUGGAUGUGUGUGUGUGUUUUUCAUGACUUCCUAGCUGCAUGAGUGCGUAUGCACAUCUGAGUAAAAUUUUUUAGAGUAUUUAUAUUUUGCUGAGCCUUACGGACUGCAGGGUCUGUGUAAGAAUAGAACAUGGUUCUACGUGCCCCUCCACUGAGUAUAGAGGUAGUGUAAUGUAAGGAAAAGAUAUUAUAUUACAAUUGUCUAGCCGUACUGCCCUUGGACCUGAGAAGGUAAUUAGGAAGUUGGAUACCACAACCUUCUGCUCAAGAGCUGAAAGAAACAUACAAAGCAUGCCAGACUCCACUACUAGAUGACUGCAAGAAAAGGCAUUGUCGUCAGUGCUCAAGAAAAAAAUUGGAAUUAUCCAAAGAAAGGAAAAUAUCAGCAUUUCUUAACCCCUUAAGGACUUAAUCGGCAUUUUUGCAUUGCCGACCAAUGACGGUCCUGAACCGUCCUAAGGGUCCAAUGUACUUACCCGAUCGCCGUUGUUCCCCCGGCGGCGAUCGGCGAUGCUCCUGGUGUGGGGAGACUGACUGCAGCCCAGACAGUCUCCCCGUGGCGGAUUAGGACCCCUGUGGCCAUGUGAUUGCUCAACAGAGCGAUCACAUGGUCACAAUAGGUGUCCAUGUGUCUGGAUGCAGGGGGACUGCCUGUGCUGACAGGCAAUCUCCCUGCAAGUGUAAAAUAAAAAAACUGUUAAUGUUAAUAAAAAAUAAAUUAAAAAAGUGUGUGUGUGUGUGUGUAUGUAAUAUCAUAUGUCAUACUAAGUGUAUUUUUAUAUUAAUUUGUACAUAAAUUAAUAUAAAAAUACACUUAUAAUUAAAUUACACACGUGUGUAUGUGUGUGUGUGUGUGUGUGUGUAUAUGUAUAUAUAUAUAUAUAUAUAUAUAUAUAUAUUAUAAACUAUAUAUUGUGUGUGUGUGUAUAUAUUAUAAAAUACAAAUAAGUAGAUUAAAUGAAAUUAAAAAUAAUAAAUUUAAAAAAUCUAUAAAAUUUUAUUCUAACUGUAUUUUGAUAUAUAUAAAAAUACACUUAGAAUGAAAUUGUGUAUAUAUCUAUGUAUGUAUAUAUAAAUAAAAAUACAAAAUAUACAUAUGUCCAUAUACAAAAUUACAUAAAUUAUAUAAAUAUACACGUAGACUUCAAAUAUAUAAAUAUGCAUAUAUAUUUAAAUUCUACGUCCGUAUGUAAUAUUUUUACAUAAUUAAGUAAUUUUAUUGAUUGCAAUUUGAGGUACCUGCCUGCAAACCCAGGCAGAAAGUCCAGAGAAUUUAAUUUGCUAGCACUGUAUUUUACCCUGUAACUUUCUAUGACACCCUAAAACCUGUACAUGGGAGGGGGGGAGGGGGGGUACCGUUUUACUCGGGAGACUUCGCUGAACACAAAUAUUAGUGAUUCAAAACAGUAAAACAUAUCACAGCGAUGAUAUUGUCAGUGAAAGUGACUUUUUUUCGCAUUUUUCACACACAAACAGCACUUUUACUGAUGAUAUUGUUGUGAUACAUUUUCCUGUUUUGAAACCCUAAUAUUUGUGUUCAGCAAAGUCUUCUGAGUAUAACAGUACCCCCCAUGUACAGAUUUUAUAGCGUUUUUGAAAGUUAUAGGGGUCAAAUAUUUUUACAUUGAUAAUGGCCAGGUUGUUUACGUUGCCUUUUGAGAGCGUAUAGUAGCCCAGGAAUGAGAAUUACCCCCAUAAUGGCAUACAAUUUGCAAAAGAAGACAACCCAAGGUAUUGAAAAUGGGGUAUGUCCAGUCUUUUUUUUAGUAGCCACUUAGUCACAAACACUGGACAUACCCCAUAUUGAAUACCCUGGGUUGUCUACUUUAAAAAAAUUAAAAAUUUACAUGUGGGGUGUCAUUCAGAGAUUUAUGACAGAUAAUAGUGUUACAUUAUUUCAAAUGUAUCAAUAGUGACAUUGUAUGUUUUGAAACCGCAAUAUCCUACUUGUACCUAUAGCCCUAUAACUUGCAAAAAAGCAAGUUUUUUAGCUUUUGUAGAUGAGUAAAAGAUUUUAAGUAUUUUUUUUUUUAAAUUAAAUUACAUGAGAUUAUAUAAAUAAUGGUAUGUAAAGAAAGCCUUUUUUGUCCUUAAAAAAAAAAAAAACAAUAUAUAAUUUGUAUAGGAACAGUAAAUGAGAGCUGAAAAUUACAGCUAAACACAAACACCACAAAAGUGUAAAAAGAGGCCUGGUUGCAAAUGUACAUCGCUAAAACAGUCCAGUCCUUAAGGGGUUAAAGGAGCACUAAAUGGUCAGGAACACAGACAUGUAUUCCUGACCCUAUAGGGUUAAAACCACCAACUAGCCCCAUUGUCCCCCUCAUGCCUCUCUAAAUAUAGUAAAAUCUGACUUGUAUUCAAGCCUGAAGCUGCUGGCGUUGUCACUGUUUCCUUUUGACCUGCCUGCUGACAUAAUCACAAGUGGUAGCCUGCUUCCCUAUAUGUUUGGCUGAGACUGACAAAGAGGCAGAUCAGGGGCAGAGCCAGCAUGAUUCAAACACAGCCCUGGCCAAUCAGCAUCUCCUCACAGAGAUGAAUUGAAUCAAUGAAUUUCUAUGAGGAAUGUUCAGUGUCUCCAUGCAGAGGGAGGAGACACUGAAUGUUUGGAUGCAUUUUAGGCAGCCAUGACUCAGGAAGGAUCUCUAACAGCUAUCUGAGGAGUGACCAGUGAAGUUAUCACUAGGCUGUAAUGUAAACACUGCAUUUUCUCUGAAAAGACAGUGUUUACAGCAAAAAGCCUGAAGGUAAUGAUUCUACACACCAGAACAAAUUCAAUAAGCUGUAGUUGUUCUGGUGACUGUGGUCCCUUUAAUCUGUUCAAACUAAUCCUCAACAGGCUUUUUCAAAAGUGAAGUUAUCUGCUGUAUUCAACAGUACACACGGUGCCUACUAAAACAGCAGUCAAAAGGUAUAGAUUACCUUCUGACUCACUCUUCGUCAGGCUGUCUAGAUUCAAAUAUGGAAGACAAACCUGUUCCAGAUGAGGAACCCACAAAUUUACCUAUGAGUUGUUAAGAAUGCUGGAAGAAAAGUCAGACGACAAAAUGAGUGGUUUAUGAUGAAACACUAGGUUAAUGAAUCUGAUAAGAGAGUUGCAAUACCUGGAAAUCUAUUUAAAAGAUUAAGUAUUCUGGAAGAUGGAGGCAAGGAAUUGGAUGCAUUACCCAAACUAGAUGUUCCUCAACUGGCCAAAAAAACCUACACAUCAUAUACGGGAAAGGUGCUAGUUUGUGAGACCUUACGGAUAAUGUGACGAAAGCAACCUCGCUGUCAGCUCCCUUCUCCUUCGUUCCGGUCAGCUCCCCUGUCGGCUUAUUAUUAGUUUCUCAAUGCUUUCCUAUGGACACUCUGUGUGAUGGAGGCGAAAUAUGCCUCCAGCGUCGCAGAUGCGCCUCUAGUGGCUGUCCGGAAGACAGCCACUAGAGGCUGGAUUAACCUCAAAUGUAAACCUAGCAGUUUCUCUGAAACUGUGUUUACAUGUGAAGGUUUAAAACCAGAGGGACCUGGCACCCAGACCACUUCAGCUCAAUGAAGUGGUCUGGGUGACUAUAGUGGCCCUUUAAUGUACCAAUCCGAAUUGGGGUGGGUGGGAGUAGUGUAAGAGCCGUAUAGAAGUGUUACUGAAGAAGUGUCAUCACAUAACCACGGAUCGUAACGGAUUGGUGUGUAACAUGUUAUGACCAUAAGGCACCAAUGCUGUGUAUUACGAGUCUCAAAGUUACGCAAUAUGGAUGGGCUGGCAUAACGGAACAGAACGAAGAAAGCAAGCUGUAGUCAGGGUAAUAUCAUUCAAUAUAUACACACUUAUAUGUAAAAUUCAUAAGUAUGAAAAAGAUUGUAAAUGGCAUCAUGCUGUAUUGUUAGUCAUUCAUCCCGUUUGGGAGGCAGAGUAUCGAUCUUGUAAAUUACAAACCGUGUGUGAUCUGAAUGGGAUGGGUAUAUUUUUGAGUUUUCUGUGAUUGCUAAGGUGCAUGUGUAGAUGUAUGUCAUUGGGAACAUGGCAGGACCGAUUUCUUGGAAUUGUUGCCCUAUUUUUAUUUAUUUAUUUUUUUUUUAAGAGAGAAAAAAUAUAUAUAAUUUUUUUUGUUGUUCUUGCGCUGCAUACGUCGCCUAAUUGAACUCUAAAAUAAUGUGUAUUGGGGUGGGUAAAAAAUAAACUGUCACAACAGAAAAGUUAACUUGCUCAUCUUACUUAUACUUAAAGUAUGUAAAUCUUAACCCCUUAAGGACACAUAACAUGUGUGACAUGUCGUGAUUCCCUUUUAUUCCAGAAGUUUGGUCCUUAAGGGGUUAAAGGAAUUUAAUAGGUGUGAUCUGCUGACUGUGUUGAAAGCUGGGUUUCAGAUUAAUUUGUUUACAUUGUCUGUCGAUUACAUUAGAUCUUAAUGCCUUUUGCAGAACUGCUUACACUGUCCAUUUUGUGCUUAACCCGAGAAGAUUUGAGACUUAUUCUGUUUUCUUACUCACAUGUCUGUCACACACACACAGGUGGUAAAUUAAAAAAAUAAAAAAUAAAAUAAAAAAAAUAACAAUGUUACAGACUUUCAGCACAAAUAUAUUACGUUUUAUCAUAUUAAUGAAGUUUUAUUACCUUUCUGGAGGACUUUGUCCUCUGCUAGUUAGUAGGGUUUCAUCAUAGUCUUAUUACCUUGCUGUGCACCACUAAUUUAUAAAAUUUACCACUCAUGGUACACUGCAACCAUGCCCUCUACUUUGCUUUCAGGAAAAGAACAUAAAAUGCACUACAGAUUAUAUCCUUUUCCUGAUUAAAAUUAAUGGAACCAUUUAUUUAAAAGCAUUCUGAAGGAUCACACUAGGCACCAUAACAACUUAACAUCAAUGCAUGUUGAGGGUCAUAGUCUCCUUAUCACUGUGUCACUGAGCACAGUCUGCUAAUAACUUCAGUGUGUAAAAAUUGCUGCAGCAAUUAAAUUGCUCCCUGGAUCAGUAAUGUCAAAGAGAGAAUUUGACCAGAUCUAUUACACUUCUGUGGUAUGCACAAAUUUUAAAUCUUUCUCUCCUUCCCUUACUUCCUUUGGAGCUGCCGACACCCAUAAUAGUGAACAAACUCAGGUUCACUAUCUCAGGAGAAUGCUCCACCCAACCUGGUUCACAAAACUAUUAUAGAAAACCAUGGUAUUGGCUUAUUCAGCUGUUUCCUCGUGGUUUUUUUUAUUUUUUUUUUAUUGCCCUAUUCCCUGGGUGACAGUUCUUUCAUUACAGUAUCCAUUCCAUCCCACCACAUGUAACGUUAUCAUUAUCCCAGUUACUCCACACUCAACAUUCAUAAGUUGUGGGAGAUAAAAGCCUCAAAUCUAUCUCUCUGACAUAUUUUUCCUCUUGUGUCUCUUCAUCGUGGAUAAUAAGCUUGUUUGAGCAAGGUCUUCUGCACAGCUUGUGGCUGUCAACAUUAUUUUGUCUUUCAAUUUCUUUGUUAAACGGACACUAUAGUCACUAGAACCACUACAGCUUAAUGUAGUGGUUUUGGGGUCUUUAGCCUGUCCCUGCUGGCUUUUCAAUAUGAACACUAUUUUUACAGACCCUAAGAGAGUGAUAACAUAACUGCCUAGUAACACCUGUAGUGGCAGUCACUCAGUCGGCCAGUAGAGAGGUUUCCUAGUCUAGAACUGCACAAUGUCUCUGAAAGGAGACAUUGAACGUUCCCCCAUAGAGAUGCAUAUUUAUGAGAAGAUCCUGACUAGCACAUUUUGCCACGCAUGCACAAUAGUUUAACAAUGGUUUCCUAUGGGAAAGCAUUGGGUUGACUGAGAUCAUCAAGAUUGAUGAUCUCAAACAGUGGUGUAACUACCAUGGUCGCAGCUGCUACCCGGCCCUUCACUCCAGGGGGCCCAGCAGCCACUGUGACCCCUCUGUCCGUGGGCCGCCAGCAGACCUUUAUGGUGCAGCACCGGCCGGUGCCUGGGGUCGCCGACUAACCAGCAGGAGGGGAGUGAUGUACUGUGCUGCUCCCCUCCUGCCGCUGUGUGUAGCGUGGCCGAGCAGUCUCAGUGGACCGGUACCGCGAUUGUGGUAAACCGGUAGGGGGAAUGGAGAAAUGGAGGGUCGGUGGGGGGUGGUUGAAGUGGAGGGUCUGCAGGGGAAGGGGGUGGUUGAAGGGCAGGUGGUUGAAGUGGAGGGUCUGCAGGGGAAGGGGGGUGGUUGAAGUGGUUUUAUCUUCUCGGUAAAGAUUAUUAGGAUCUAGAAGAAUAUUAAGUAUUGACCUUGUAUGAGAUCUCCCAGUUUGUUUUAUUUUGUAGUCCACUCCUCACUCUUUUUCCCUUUUUAACCCUUUUGAAAGUUGGUAAACAAAGUGGCACUGCAUAUCAAUGUUGGGAGUUUUACCAUCAUUCUUAAGUAGGCAAAAGUCUGUAUUCUUUGCUUGUAGACAUGACAACACUUUACUGGCCCUUGCAGCUGCUGACUGACUGGCAAGUUUUGCUAAAUAUGUAAUCUUUAGAUUGUUCUCAAAUCCUUUUAAGUUAACAAUCUAAUUUAGUGUAUAAUUUCGAAGAUGACUUGUGAUCCUCAGAUGUAUGGGUUUGCAUGUGUAAGGUGGAUCUCUCUGGUCCAUGUAGCCAAUUUACCAAAAUCCAAGUUAGAGGCAGAAUAAUAAACUGAAGACUGACAAAGUCACAUGGAAGUUGUAUUGAUCUACUAUUUUGCCAUCCCUGAGCUAGAGGAUUUUGAAUUUUAACAGCUUCUGUCCCUCUACCAUGGGCUCUGAAAAGGUAGAUCCACAGAUGUUUUAAAACUACAGCUUCUAUGUAGCUUUGUCAUGCUAAAGAAUUUUAAAGGCAUACAAAGCAUCAUGGGAGUUGUAAUUCUACAACAUCUGGGGAUCUACCAAUUGGGUAACUCUGCUCUAUACACUGUAGUAUGGGUAAGGCUUAGGCUGGCUGUCAGUGAUGGGCCAAGAAUGCCAGCUAGCAAUCUCAGCCUUUUAAUGGAAGGCAUUUGAAAGAAAAGGUGCAUACUGUUUAAUGUGUGGUGGUUAUUUAAAAAAAAGUUAUUUUUUUUUUUUUAUUUCUUUACAUUUUAUUUUUUAAAUCAAGAUUUGCUGAAGCAAGAAUAUACAUGAUUAUGUAUAAAGAGGAACAAAUUCUCCAGCACUGAACAGUAGUUGGACUAACAGACAAGUAUUUGCAGCAAGACAAAUUGGAUGCACAGGAAUAGAUUGUUGUAGCGGAGGCCUGGUAUUUCACAGGUUAACUCCAUUAAGAUACCAGUGAGGCUCAGGAACAAGUGAUGAAAAAUCCCAUAAAGUAAUAAUUCCAGCAAGCAAGGUAAUCCAAGAAUAUCCCCAUACAGAUCCCAAUGACUGUACGACACACAGCAUCAGGAGCAAAACUGAACUUUUAAUCACUUCACCUUCUUUUAAAGCAUGCUCCCAUGCAAGGGAGGGAUUUACAAUAAUUAUUACAGUAGCCAAUCAUACAUGAGUUACCGCCCACACAUUCCCUCCCCUUAGCCUGACUCCUAAUCCCAUUAUGCAGUACACACAUUUCCUAGGUUUCUGGAUGUACCCCUAAACAUAGGGGUACCCCUUUAAUUAUUAUAUCCCCUGGUAGCCCUGAUCUGGGUGAAGAACAUAUCCAAAAAUCACCCAGAUCAGACCAGGGGUUCGGGAGAUUGAUGGAAGUAGUAAAAAGACCGACCGCACGGGAAGUAACAGCCGAAAUUGGUUCCAUGCAUUUUGGCCCUGCGGUCGGUCACAGAAAAAGGGAAUAAACUGCACGAAUGACUUAGGCUAUGGGGACUGGAGAGUAUUCGAAUGAAUCCCCUUGUUCGUGGGUUUCUGUCUACCGAACGGGUAGCCUUUCGGUAGUUUCUACGCGAAUUUACAGGUAUUGUGGAGGUCUCAGCGGUGUUUGCCUAGCCGAGUGUCCGAUUUGGGUUCCAGACACUCGACGGCAAAACACCGCUGUUCGGGAGUUUUAAAAUGGCCGUCGCCACGUGUUCGUUUCCCGAAUGGUGGCCACCCAGAAGACAAAACACACAUUACACGAAUCACCAAUUACCCGUUUGCAACAUUGUUGCGAACGGUAAUUGGAGGCACACUUCUCCCUAGGGUAGUCUGAUUGUUCGGUAGUUUCAUUCGCAUAAGAACUGGAGUGAUUUUACCAAACAAUCAGCCGAAUGCUACAUACACUUCACAUAUUACAAGUUAACAUUCAACCGAAUACAUGCACAUGUUUUUAGGACAGCCCAAUGCCAUCCGCUACAAUUGUGUUUAAUGCCUUGCUCAAACAAGCUUACAUUUUAGAGGGAGUGGGGUAACGUUACACAAGAGGUAAUGACAGGAUGUAUUUAAUGUAUGGGAAAAGUAGGUUACUUGAAAAGUUUACAAUGAAGGCUUUUUUUUUUUUUUUGCAUAACUGUUAAAGUAGAAGCAAAGUGGAUCACCGUGGUGUGGAGGGAAAGCUAUUAACAAUUCAAUUGAUAGACUUUUCUAAAUAAGUGAAUUUUGGAGCAGGGAAGGGAGUUCCAUAGAAACGGUUUUAGCUCUAGAAAGUCUUUAAGGUCCUCUACAGAGGAUAGACACCAGUCUUCAGCUUAGCACAGGGGACUGCUUGGGUCGUACUAUAGUAUUAGUGAGUGUAGGUAGAAGUAGUGUUUAUGUAGAGAUUUGUAAGCAAGAACCAGAAUUUUAAAUUGAGCCCUAUAUAUUACAAGAAGCCAUUGUAAGAACUGACAGAGGAGGGAGGUGUGGGCAGACAGAAAGAUGAGCCUUGCUGCAGCAUUCAUUAUAUACUAUAGCGGGGCAAACUGGGAAUGCGGAAGACCAAUGAGAAGCUGAUUUCAAUAGUCAAGGAGAGAGGAUAGUGGCAUAGACUAGCACCCUGGCCGCAUCUGUUGUUAGUAACAGAUACAAGUUAUGUUUUUAGAAGUGUCAGGAUUUGGCGAUUGACAUGAGGGGUGAAGGAAAAGUUAGAAUCAAACAGAACAUAUAGGUAGCGAGCCUAUGGGGUAGAGCUGAUGGUAGUACCAUUGACAUGGAGGUGGUAGACAUGGAAAUAUCAGCGCUUCAGGGAGGAAAGAUGAGGAGUUCUGUUUUGAGAACAGAGGACUGAAGCAGAGCAGAAACCACUUCAGCUGUAGCGGAUGCGAGUUAACAUAGGGGAGAGUAGGAAGUGGGGUUGGGAGCCACCUAAAUUGUGGUUUUAACACUAUAGGGUCAGAAAUACAUGUAUGUGUUCCUGACCCUUUAGUGUUCCUUUAAGGGUCGUAAACUACUAUCAAGUAAAUCUUUAGAAGUGGAUCAGGAGAGAAUAAGGAAGGAAAAGAAAAGAGUAAAAUGGAUGGAGAGUGGAAAUGAUAUUCACAACAGGCAAUCCUGCGCAUCACAGCUGUUUUUAAAAAGAAUUAAAAGAUGUGCUAAACUGCAAAAAACAAAAGCCUGCAUCCAGUGGAACCAGGUACAAGUUUACUUUUGUUAAUUUUCUGUGGCUGACAAAAUGAGAUCUUCAGUGGAGCAAAUAUCGUCCAGUUUGUGAUAAUGGUUCACUCUGAGCAGCAUAAUUGUAUUUAUGAUAGUCUUCAUCCCUGGUUUAGGUCAAAAUUUUUCAAGCAUUCUUAAAAACUAAGCCUCUCAAACAGGGGUAGUCAACCUCUGUAUUAAUCGUCAAAAGACUUCUUUGGGUAACCCGCUUUUGUAGCAUAGAUUUCCCACCUGACAGAUUAUGCAUUAUCCGCAGACUUAAAUAACUUGUAACUUUAUAUUGUUGAAAGGGGUCUGCAACUUCCCAUGAGUUUUAAAAUUAUCUGUCUCUUCUUUAAGUACACCAUGAUAAAUAAGUGAUAAGGUGGCAUAGUGCAAUCUUAAAGUGCAAAUAAUGUCUCAAAAUAUCUGUUAAUAUCUUGCCACUAUUAAAAAUGUCUACAGUGCUGCAACCAUAAAAGAUGUUUUGCCAAAAAAUCCACAUCAAAACAAAUCUAAAAAUAAAUAGUGCACUAUUGGAGUUAUAUAAACUUUCAAAUAAAUACAAAUGAAUGAACCCACAUAGAGAGAGGUGUGUGUGUGUGUAUGUAUGUAUGUGUGUAUAUAUAUAUAUAUAUAUAUAUAUAUAUAUAUAUAUAUAUACUUUUAUAGUAUCAUACAAAAAAAUAGUGUAAUCUUAAAUCUAAAUAUUGACCACAAAUUGUGUACACACUAACACUAUUACAAAGUGUACUGCAUAUAAAUUACUAGUGAUUCACGAUCCACCCGUAAGCUGUGCCUCUUCUUGCAUCCAACUCUCACUACCAGGUUGGUAGUGGCGCCACAUUUUUUGCCUGUCUCUGUAAUCCGCGCCCCCCACUGCCAACUAGCAGAGCUCCCUGACCUUGCCUCAAGUUAUAUAUAACUUUUUUUUUUUUGUGGGGUCUGUAAAAUUAAAUUGUAAAAAAAAAAAAAUUCUUCUAUAAAUUGGUUCUAUAAUGGUGUCAUUUCCAGAGUUGGUUGUAUACAUUUUAUAGUGAUGUGUGCAUAUGUAUUGCUAUAAUUCUAAAAAACAUUGAAUUCUGUGGAAACGUACAUAAUUUUUUUUUUUUUUUUGGUUUCAGUCUGAUUAAACUUUGAGUUCUGCAGAAAACCGUAGAGAAAUUUUCACGAAUACAUCAAAUUUUGCUCAAAGUGGAAUUGACACUUUAUAGACAUGCCUUUUGACCAUGUAGAAUGUAGGAGCCAGAACAAACCUGUUUGGAAACCAUUUUAUUGUUUUCAAUUUGAACUGACUAUGUAUAAACCAUUUUCUAGAGCAUAUGCUGCAAAAUGUUUGGUUACAGCAUUCAUAUUUCUAGGAGCUAUUUACUCAGAUUAGUACAAUUCUCAGCCAUUAGAGGGACUUCCGUGUUCUUUGAACAUGAAAAGUGUUUUAAACAACGCUGGACGUAGCAUGAGGAUCUCCAGCGUCGCCAGAAUCCCCAUAGGAAAGCAUUGAAUGUUUUCCUAUGGGGAGGUCUAAUGCGCGCACUGCUAUUGCCGCGCCUGCGCAUUAGGUCUCCCCUGCCGGCUGACAGCGAGGGAGGAGUGUGGACUGGGGAGGAGUGUGGACGGAGCCUGACCCAGCGCUGAGGGACAUCAGCGCUGCACUCAGGUAAAUCACUGAAGGGGUUUUAACAUGGGAUGGGGGAGGGAGGGAGAGGGGCACUGCAGGAUCCUGCAGUGCCAGGAAAAUGGAAUGUUAUCCUGGCACUGGAGAGUCCCUUUAAGUAUAUGUCAAGCCGGCAGCUCUGGUUGUACUUUUAAAUUGUUCUUUGAGCGAGCAGGAAUAUACACAAGAAGUUAUCUGAGAACUCUCAUAUCAGGAAAUGGUGAAUCACUCCAUAUGGAAGGGAAAAAAAAACUCUUCUGCAAAUUGGUUUCUUCUUUAUAUGGUGCAUUUAGGAUUUGUUCUUGCAUAUAUUUUAUAUUGCAUAUAUUUUUUAUUUUUUUUAUUUUUUUUUAAGUGAAAGUGUCACUGCUGUGGAAAUUACAGUUUAAUAAAACGUGGCAAAAAACCUAUUAUAUAUUUUAAGGUGUUACGCCAACCACCAUGACCACUUCUGCUUUUUUAAGUCGUCAUGGUGGUUGGAGUCUGGAUAUGUGCUUGAAACAUGACACAUCCAGACUUUAUUGCCAGUUAAUUGCUGGGGACUUGUUGCAACCUCAACACUUGUGAACUAGACAGCUCUGAACUCUGCUUCAGGCUUUUUAAUGACAAUUCUGUGCAUAAAGAAAUGUCAGUCUGCAUGGGUGCAUGCAACCUCUUAUCUCCACUCCCUCUAAUGAUCACAACCCUCCCUCCUCCUUAUCACCUCUGCUGAUAUUUUUCUUAUCCCCCGACCUCCCUCCUCUUUUCACUCCCUAUCAUGGAAUCCUCCAAUCAAAGGCUUCUCAUCAAAACAUUACAAAGUGUUAAGUAAUGACACAGAGAAGCACAAUAUACAGAAAAUGCAUUGCGAAAAGAUUUGACCAGAAGUUUGCAAAAACAAUUGUGAAUCUUAACCAAUGCAUCUGAGCCACCUGGCCAUUUUGUUGGUCCAUUGGCACUAAAAAAGAGAGGUGCAGCAUUGCUGGCUACUCCUAUUCCGGUACAAAAUGCCUUCCUACUGGAAAUUAACGUUGAAGUUGCCAGUUUGUAUCAUUAAUACCACUUCUACAAAGUCUUUAUCAAGGCUCCCACUAUGUCAGUCUGAUCAUAUAACCAUCCAGCACCACUCUUGUCAUGUCAUCCUUCUGCUUCAAUCCUUUCUAAGUCUUGUCAAGUCAUUGUCCUGCUCUAUUUUAGCCAGGUCACAGUCUUUAAUAGAUGAAUGCUGGUGCCCCGGCAAAAAUAAAAAAUUUACUUUAGCUUUUACAAAUUUUUUGGAAUUGUUAAGAUAGUCGGUGCUGCGGUCCCUAAUCAUAUAAAAUGUAAACCGUCAUAGCCUGUAAAUGCCACACUUAUGAGAGAUCCAAAUAUAAUUGUAAGUAUUAGGGAUCGACCGAUACGAUAAUCUGUGAACGGUCAGGCAGAUAGUCGAUAACUUACCGAUAUUCUGUACAUUUACCAUUUUAAAAAAAUAAACUAUUUCUACACAAAUCUACUGUUAACUGAACAUGUUUAUUUAUUGAUUAAAAAAAAAAAAAUUGCCAAUUUUUUUUUUUUUUAAAUGUAAAUGCUCAAAAUAUACAUCCCAGUCAGAAUCUAUUUGUUUUCAAGAAUAAAUGUGUGUAGUGGAUGCAGAGUGUAUGUUUGUGUAGUGUGUAUAGUGGAUGUAGUGGAUCCGUGUGUGUAGUGAAUGCAGAGUGUGUGUUUGUGGAGGUAUGUAAUGUGUGUAAAAUGGGGUGGCAUUUUUAUUUUUUUAACUUUACCAUGGCAAUACUCCGUGCGGCACACAGGCCACAAGAUUUAGACAUGGGAGCUGCUGGGAAGGUAAGGAAGAGCUUGCUGGGCCCCCACUGCACAGUCCAUGCCACCGGACCACCAGGGAAUGCCAUAUCCCCCCUCCCUGGCCAGGUAACAAGCGGGGAGAGAGGACUAAAAUGUACUAUAUAUUUUUUUAUUUUUUUUAAAUCUUAAACAAAAAGUUAAUAAAAAAAAAUGCCUCUCCAUUUUACACAAAUUACAUACCUACAGAAACACACUCUGCAUUAUAUACACACAUUACACACACUGCAUUCAUUUUAUACACACUACACAAACACACUCUGCAUUCAUUAUUAUAUAUAUACUCGCACACUACAAACACACUCUGCAUUCACUUUACGCACACUACAUAAACACACUCUGCAUUCACUUUACGCACACUACAUAAACACACUCUGCAUUCACUUUACGCACUCUACAUAAACACACUCUGCAUUCACUUUACGCACUCUACAUAAACACACUCUGGGGUGGGGACAGAAAAAAGAAAAAUUAGCAACUGAACAUGUUCUCUAAAAUAUGCUUUUUCAGCAAUUAAAGCUGUCAAGUCAACAUUGUUUUAUUAAACCCGUUUAAAUGGGUAGGUAUGCAUGAGACGACUGUCGCCAGUGACUCGAUUUGUGACACAGGUGAUGCUCAUAUUGGGUGGAAAAGGGGCGCACUUCCUCUGAAAAGUGGUGAGCCUUUUCACUAGUGGGGUCUAUCAAAGCACAUACAGUGUUUAACACCUCUCCUGCUGGAGGUGUAGCACCCCUUCUCGCAGGGUCAGUGGGGUGUCAUCAUCAUCAGCCUAUGCACAGAAUUGCAACCGUAGCUUAUGGUCUAUUAUUUAAGAACUGUCUCUUUCACCUGGCAGUCAGCAUAGAGAAAGUUUACAGAAAAGAGGAGAAAUUAAACAAUAUGUCUAUUACUUGUCCUCAUCUGCAAUACUUGUCCUAACUUUGCCAUGUUUGAACUGUAUUCUGAUUCCGAGCAGCAAAAGAAAGGGUGUUCCCUUUUUUUUAUUGAUGCAUUAGCCAGUCAAACAAGACAUUUUACUUCAGCUAAGACACAGACAUUCAGGUCUAUUCUGGGUGAAAUUCUGAUGUAAAUACUAUAGAGCGUCCUCUCAGCCAAUGAAUGGCAGUCAGGAAGAAGUUAUUUUUCACACACUAGCAUGCUGUCUGCAGGGUGCUUGCCAGAACCAAUACCAGAACUAAUUGUGCAAAGAAAUGCCAGGUACAUUCUGCUAAAUGUCCAACUCCACAGCCAUAUGAGGAAGUGUCUCAUGUGACCUUUACUGCAAGCAGUGAAUUCUCAAAUUAUUUAAAUCCCAUUCUCUUAUUAAAGAUGCAUUGAAACUCAUUCUAAACCUACAAUAUUUACAUCAUUGUCUCGCCAAGAAUAUAUCUUAAUGGCAGUGCCUUAGCUGAAGUAGUAAGGUCUUAUUUGACCAGUUGCAAUAUAAAGAGGCUUGGAUUACUGAAUUUAUUUUUCACAAAUAUUUUUAAUAUAAGGAUAAGUAUUAAUAGUCCAGUGUAGUGCCAAUUUCUCUUUAAAUACUAUUGUUUGGUGUCAUGGCAUUAUAGUAGUCAAUCCCAAGAGUCUCUGAGUGCAAGAUUGGCAGCUAUACUUGGUGAUGAAAGCUAACUUUGUAAUUGUUGAUGGAAGUGAGAUAUCUGUGUACAGGUUUGUUAGAUAUACCAUGGACUAUCCUCAAUGAGGGCUUUCAUAAAAGGCACAUAACGCAACAGUUCUUGGUCAAUAAACUAGCAGCAGCCAUUAAAUGCUUUUGCAAUUUUUUUGUGAAUGCCAUUUUGUGAUUGUUUUAUCAAUCAAUUCAUUGUUGACUCCAGUGACUGCAUAACAUAGUUAUAGCUCUUUACUUGAAUCUCAGUGAGGUCAUAUUGUAAACCUGAAUUCAAUUGGAACUGUUUUGCCUGACACUAGAAUGAAUGGUAAAAAAUAAAUAAAUAAAUCUAAAUAUAUAUAGAUAUAGAUAUAGAUAUAUAGAGAUAUAUAUAUAUAUAUAUAUAUAUCUAUCACACACAAAAAAACCUCCAGCCCUCAACAAAAAUAUCAAUAUUCUGCAAUAUGCCUAGGUGCUAACACGCAAAUAUGAAUAAAACUAAUAUUUGGCAGCAUUCAGAGGACUUCCAAAAAAGUAUUUACCAAUAAAUGUCCAACAAAAUCAAUGUUUUGACCCUAUAGGGUCUCCCUGAAUGUUGCAGAGAGAUGAAUGGAGAGAAUCUAUACAUACUUUAAAGCAAGCAUGUCAAACUUACAGCCCACAAUGAAUAUAUUUGCAGCCCGCCUACCAAACUUUUCUCACUAUGUCAAGGUAGUUAGACUGAAACAUUAGUUAUAUGCAAAUGCACGUUCCUUAACCCCUUAAGGAUGGCGGGCGUUCUAUGCUGUACUUUUUGGGGCGCUCCUAAACACUGGUGGGCGGCAUAGAAUGUCCCUGCCGUCCUUCAUACUUACUGGGUCAUUGCCGAUCCAAUGCCGGCGGUCGCAAAACUGGGGUCGGCCUGGGAGCUCAGGCAGAUCCUCUGCCCGAUCUGCCUCCCUCCGCCCCCUCCCCUUGCGAUCACAUGGCCUGAAUAGCCGGCUUACGCUGUGACUGCAGGGGGAUUGCCUGAACUAUCAUAUUAAUAUUAAAAUACACUUAGAAUGACGUUAAUUAUAAAUACAUUUAUAAAAAUUAUAGACCAGUUUUAAUUUGUUUUUACUGUUUUUUGACAUAAAUAUACAUAUAUAUUCAAAAUACAUUUAGAAUGACAUUAUAAAUACCUAUCUGUGGUGCGGAAAAAGUGUGGAUGAAAAUCCCUUCCACCUGAAAUAAGUGGAUAGUUAAUGCAAUGUUAAACACAAACACAAAAUACACACACCAGGCAAGCCAUAAGACUUGCUUUUACCACAGAAAUCUCACUUUAACAGUGUGUAUAAUAUAUAUCAAAAUAAUUUUUUAUAUUUAAAUUCUACAAAGAUAUUUAUAUAAUAUUUUUAUAUAAUUAAGUCAUUUGAUUAAUUAUAAUUUGAGGGACCUGCCUGACAACCCAGGCUGAAAGUCCAGAGAAUCGUCUCACAAGCACUAUAUUUAACCCUGUAACUUUCCAGGAAUCCAUAAAACCUGUACAUGGGGGGAUACUGUUUCACACAAGAGACUUCCCUGAACACAAAUAGUAGUGUUUUAAAACCGUAAAACCUAUCACAACAAUGAUAUUGUCAGUUUUUUCACACACAAACUGUACUUUCACUGACGAUAUUGUUGUAAUACGUUUUACUAUUUUUAAACACUGAUAUUUGUGUUCAGCGAAGUCUCCAGAGUAAACCCAUACCCCCCAUGUACAGGUUUUAGGGUGUUUGCAAAUAUAAGGCUUGAAUUUCCUUUUUUUUCACAUUGAAAUUUGCCAGAUUGGUUAUGUUGCCUUUGAGAGCGUAUGGCAUACCAUUUGCAAAAGUAGACAACCCAAGGUAUUGCAAAUGGGGUAUGUCCAGUCUUUUUAGUAGCCACUUAGUCACAAACACUGGCCAAAAUUAGCGUUCAAUUUCAGCUUUUUAAUUUUUCACACACAACAAAUAUGAACGCUAACUCUGGCCAGUCUUUGUGACUAAGUGGCUCCUAAAAAAGACCCAAAAUAUGGAAUAGCCUUGUCUCUUAUAUGGCAGUGUAGUUUCACAGAAUAGUGCCAAAGGCAUAUAAUGGGGGUAUCGUUAUACUCCGCAGAUGUAGCUGAACACAAUAUGGGGUUCUGUGCAGGAAUAGCACACACCAGCUUUACAAAAUACACAUUACCAAAACCUUGUUAUAUGUGUAUAUGUCAAAAUAGAGAAAAAACACAAUUUUACUCCAAUAUUUAGCAGAGAUUGGUGAUGAAAUGGCUACGUAAAAAGUGUCAAACUAACCUUAGGUAAAUAGCCUGAGAUGUCUACUUUAUAUAAAUAUAUAUUUUUGUGUGGCAAUUUUGUUUUCUGUGAUGGCUACUAAACCUACAAGACAAACAUACCAACUUUGAAAUUGAAAUUUUAUUUUAAUCCUUGUAUUUUGUGACCUGUAAAUUUCAAAAUAAGCUGAAAUCCUAUACAUAAUAUGAACUCUAUAAAUUAAGACACAUAAAUUUAAUUUAUUUUGAAUUACUUUUUCUAAGCUGGACAUAUUGUGCACAGGCUAUUAUUGCCAAAACUGUGGAAAAAAAUGUUAUUUUUUUUUUUUUUAUUUUUUUUUAUUUACAUUUUUGGGUAUUUUUAAAAAUAAUUAAUGAGAAUGUAUCUAUGUAUAUGUGACAUCAAAUUAAGCCAAAUUAAGCUCCCUCUGCGCUGGUGACCUCUCCUCCCCCGCUGACAUCAGCUCCCAAACUGUCUAUAGGAAAGCAUUUCUCAAUGCUUUCCUAGGGAUGUUCUGCACGUUGGAUGCGAAUUUCGCAUCCAGCGUCGCAGAUGCACCUCUAGCGGCUGGCAGGAAGACGGCCACUAGAGGUUGGAUUAACCCCUAAUGUAAACAUAGCAGUUUCUCUGAAACUUUUAUGUUUACAUGUGUAGGGUUAAAACCUGAGGGACCUGGCACCCAGACCACUUAAUUGAGCUGAAGUGGUCUGGGUGACUAUAGUGUCCCUUUAAAGCCCUGUUUGCCCUCUAAAAACUGAUACAUAAUAUGUGUUGGUGCAAUAAAUGAGAUAUAUGCAAAUUGCGUUUGAACACAAACAGCAAAAAAUGCAAAAAUGGCUUGUGUCCUUAAGUGUAAGACAAGCUUCUGAAGCCGUGUCCUUAAGGGGUUAGAUUUGUUUAAUAUACAAAUAUUGAUGUGACCUGAAAGCCCUGUUUCUCGUGAACAAAAUUAUAUAUAAAGUGUGGGUGCACAGAUUAUGACAUUACGCCUGAACAGACCUAUAGCGCAAAUUCAAGGUUUUGUUUACAUUUUGUUUUGAUCAGAACUUGUACAACUGCCUCAGUCCUUAAGGGGUUAAAAAUUGUUGUUGUUUUUUUUUUUUGUUUACAUUGAAGACCUACAAGUGUGGGGCAUCCAGUGUCAGGCAACUACUUUUUUUUUUUUUCCUAUACUGUACUUUUCUAAAUAAACGUAUGUUCUUAUGAAAACUGAAGUUUUAGUUUAUUUGCGGCCCGCAUAAACUUAAACCUUAUUUAAUCGGCCCGUGUUAGCCUUUGAGUUUGACAUGCUUGCUUACAAGGAACACUAUAUGGGCGGCAUAUAGAAUAAUGCCUUUGACACUGUUGAUCAUGCUCUCCUUUUUCAAACUCUUCAAUCACUAGGUCACUGUGACUGUCCUCUCGUGGUUUUCCUCUUAUCUCUCCCAACCCUCAAUCAGUGUCUCCUUUUCUAAUGAUACCUCCUCCACACAUCCUGUCUCGGUUGGAGUCCCCCAAGGCUCUGUCCUUGGUCCCCUUCUAUUUUGUCUCCAUACUGCCUCUCUUGGCAAACUAAUUUCCUAAUUUGGAUUCCACUACCACCUGUACGCUGAUGACACUGAGAUAUAUCUCUCCUCCCUGGACUUCUCCCCUGCCGUCCUGCAACAUGUCACGGCCUUUCUUCCAUCUCUGACUGGACGUCCUCCCGCUUUCUGAUACUCAAUCUCUCUAAAAACCUUGUCUUUCCUCCUCUUUCGCUCUCCCUUCAAAUAAGUGGUGUCCACAUAAGUCCAUCCUUGCAAGCUUGCUGUCUUGGCGUCAUACUUUAUUCUGGCCUCACCUUUGAGCCUCACAUCCAGUAUGGUGCAAAAUCCUGUAGAUUCCAUCUUAACCCCUUAAGGACACAUGACAUGUGUGACAUGUCAUGAUUCCCUUUUAUUUCAGAAGUUUGGUCCUUAAGGGGUUAAAAACAUUGCCCGCACCCGCCACUUCUUAAGCAAGAUGCUACUAAAGAGCUUGUACAUGUUCUAGUAAUUUCCUGCAUGUAUUAUUGUAAUCCUCUCCUAAUUGAUCUUCCCAAAACCGUAUUGCCCCGCUACAGUCUGUAAUGAAUGCUGCUGCCAAACUGAUUUUCAUCUCUAGUCGGUCCUCUCACCUCUCUGUCAGUCUUUACAUUUGUUUCCUGUAUCCUAUAGGAGUUAAUUCAAAGUGCUAACCCAUACCUAUAAAGCACCAAACAAUUCUAGCCCCUUUUAUACCUCUUCACAGAUCCAUAGGUAUGCCCCUUCUCGGUCUCUCUGCUCUGCCCGUGACCUUCUCCUGUCCGCUGCUCACACGGGUACUCGCAGGCGGCUCCCUUCCUAUAGAAUAGCCUGCCUACCGCCAUCAGACUCUCCCCUAGUCUUCAAUCGUUUAAGAAGUGCCUAAAAUCCAUCUCUUUAGGAAAGUUUAUGGCCUCUCAGAGUAACCUCCACCUCACAUACCUGUCUCUUGAGCUCUCCUAAAGGGCAGCACUUUACUCUCUCCUCAAGCUCUGCUUCACUCUUUGUUUGAUUGCUACCUCCUGUCUUAAUGUGUUUUAUACCUCACGUCCUAUAGACUCUAAGCUCGUUCGAGCAGGGUCCUCUUCAACCUAUCGUUCCUGUAAGUUUUCUUGAAACAGUCCUAUUUAUAGUUAAAUCCCCCCUCUUAUUACAUUGUAAAGCACUAUGGAAUCUGUUGGCGCUAUAUAUAUGGUGAUAAUAAUAAUCGAGCAUUAGUAUUCUAGCUAUGAAAUGGUUGGAGAAAUCCUAAGUAAUGUUUUAUUUGCAAAUCUUGUUUCCUCUAUUCUUGAGGUGUAAAAGAGGUUAUGUUUUUACUUUGCAAUGAUUAUUUUAUUCUAAGAAUGUUAACAAUUGGUGCUAGUCUUUGGAUAAAGCAGCUUCUUAAAAUAUAAAUAUCAAAUAUGGCUCUUAUUGUAAGGAAAAUAUUUCAAGUUAUGCCCAUAUAAAGUUAGAAUUUUUUUUUAUUUAUUUGUUAUUACCCUUGCAUAAUAAUGUUGCAUGUGUACUGUAUCACUUUUUAGGUGAAUGUCAUGGUGACAAAAAUGGUGGAUUUUAGGUUUAUUAUAGACUGUAUAAAGUUUGACUAACAUUUGAAUUCAGUUUAGAUUAUAAUGCUAUAUUCUAUUGUUUGGAGGGGGGUGGGGGGGAACCUCUCUAAAAGAAAAUGCUAAUGACUAACUUUGUUUCAUUUUGUUUAAAACUCAUGAGAGUUCCUAUUUAAAUGCAGGGAAAAGGAAAUUUGCUUUACAAAUCUCAUGGGGCCCAUGUUUCUUAUUUGUAUAGAAAGUCGAUUUUAUUUGCAAAGUAAUGGUUUGUAUGGAGUUUACUGUAAGCCAGUUCGAAAUAACUAAUUAGUGAAUCAUUUUUCUUUGUGAUAUUCCAGUAAGGAAUUAAUCUGUUUUGGUUCCUAAGCAGAUAGAAUGCUAUGCCAACUCAAGUAAAAUGGAACCAGGAAGUGUACCAGUGCAUAAGAAAAGCACACUGACAAAAACACCACUUAUAAUGCUUAAAUCAAGGGUCCUCAAACUCCGGCCCCCCAGAUGUUGCUGAACUACAACUCCCAUGAUUCUUUGAAUUACAUAGAUAGCCAGAGAAUCAUGGGAGUUGUAGUUCAGCAACAUCUGGGGGGCCGGAGUUUGAGAACCCCUGGCUUAAAUUGUUCUGUUGAUGAUAGAAAUGAAAUAAAUUAACCUGUCCAAAACAGAACUUCUGGUCUUUUCUCCCUCAAGUGUUGCUACUCCCUUGUCUGUCUCCCUCCAAGUCAACGGUGCCUCAAUCACCAUUACCUCGCAGGCUCGCUGCCUAGGUUUUCUCUUUGACUCCGUCCUCUCCUUCACUCCUCAAGUCCAGUCGAUUGCAAAAUCCUGCUGCUUCAAUCUCAAAAACAUUGCUCGCAUCCGCCCCUAUCUAACACCAGACUCCCAGCUAAUGUGCUGGUCCAUGCCGUUGUUCUUUCUCGCCUUGACUACUGCAAUCCCCUUCUCAGUGGUCCCAGAUUGCACCGCUGCAAGGCUAAUUUUCUUGUCUUCCUACACCUCCCAUGCCCCCCCCCCUCUGUUGGUCCCUUCAUUGGCUUCCAGUUAGAUAUAGGGCGCAAUUUAAGAUUCUGGUGCUUGCUUACAAUUCCCUUCAUAAUGCUGCUCCAACCUACCUAUCCUCCCUAAUACACAAGUAUGUCCCCUUGAGGCCCCUGCGCUCUGCCAAAGGCCUACGUCUAUCCUCUGUCCGUAUUCCCACAUCUGAUGCUCGGCUCAAAGACCAGGGCUGCACCUUCACCCCUCCCCCCCAAUGACUCCUCUCCUGCAACUGUCAAAAAUAAGUUCUCAGUGAAUACUUUUCUAGCAAACUAUUUCAUUACACCUACUUAUACCUUUUGUGUCAGUAUACCCCACUCCCUCUAGCCUUUAAGCUCAUUGAGCAGGGCCCUAAACACCUCUGUUCCUGUGUGUUUAUUUGUCUGGUUAAAAUUACGUGUCUGUUAGUCCACCCUUUGUACAGCGCUACGGAAUUUGCUGGCGCUAUAUAAGUAAUUAUAAUCUAAAUGAAGUUGUUAUAAUGCCAGGAACCCACUUAGAGACCAUCUAACCUCAAAGUUGCCUCCGGUGGCGAUAUCCACUCUCCCCUGACAGCAUCUGGCCUCUGAAUUUUCAGAUUCAGGAAGUGUGGAGUGCAGCUGGGCAAGGGUGCCCCUGAUUGGUUGGGAGCAGUCAGCUGAUGCUUUCUGCCAAUCAUUGACACCUCAUUCACAAAACUGGUUUGGAAAAGGUACAGUUUAUAUCCUUUUUUAAAUUUUAUUUUUGGUGCCUGGCGUGUCUCUUUAAAUUGACAGGGAUUGUCAGGUUAUUGUCUCUGGUACAGAUUGAUAUUCAUACUGUAACUUGAAUAUAAAAGUGUAUGAUAUGACAGAGUUAUAUCCAUUUAUUCAGAUAUUUAUGGCCAUUUUAGUUGUACAAAAGAGGUUGAUAUUAACUUUGUCUGGGAUCCAUCUGAAUGACUUGAAUAAUUGAUAAUUCUGUAUCUCCAAAUAAUUACCCGGUUAGAGCAAUGGUGAUGUGACUGCUUUAAUACUGGGAAAUGUGGGUUUAAAUCUUUGCUAUUAUACAAAAAUUCAUACCCGGUGUGAAAUAUUGCAAGAUAAAGGACAAUCUUCAAAUUCUUCAAAAUUAUAUUUAUUGACCUAUAAUAUUGAAAAGAGGCAGAAUGCACAAAUGUGCUAAAAAGCCGGUCCAACGCGUUUCAUUCCAGUUGAUGUUUUGCUGCACUUAGAGUAGAACUUAAUCACGUGACAAUAAAGCUUAUAGAAAAGUCUUGGAUAUGAUAUCCAGUGCUGAGACUCCCUCUGUGCUGCAGACCCACUUCCUAGUCACUAGUCCAAUCUAAUGCAACUCAGAGGGACAUUGGGGACCUGAUGCACAUGCAUAGAGUGUCUCAUAUGCUUCUCAUAGGAAAGCAUGGAACAUAAUAUGUAUGACUAUAUGAUAGCCAUGAGAGACUUGUUUUACCCUUCAAGGUAAACAAUGUGACGUUAGUGGUCUUUUAACCAAUAUCUGUCAUAACGAGAUGGAGAUUUUUAAUGUCAGGAAAACCGCUUUGUUUUCCUGACACUUUAGUGAUCCUUUAAACGGGGGUAAGGGGUAGGGACACUAACCUUUAUUUUGUUCGAUUACUGUUGACUCAUAACUGUAGGACUUUUAAAUAAUGUGUUUAAGUCCAUUUUGUAAUUAUUGUAAUUUCUAUUUUUAAAUUGUUUAGAUGAUCACAGCCGUGUGAAACUUCAAAAUGUGGAAAAUGAUUAUAUCAAUGCCAGUCUGGUUGUUGUUGAAGAAGCCCAAAGAAAUUACAUUCUAACACAGGUAAGCACAUGUAGAAAUGAGUUAAUGCAUGUCCCUCUUUUUCCUUAUCUGCCAGUCAUUUACGUUGUUACCUGUUUAACCCCUAAAAGGACCACUCUAGGCACCCAGACCACUUCAGCUUAAUGAAGUGGUCUGGGUGCCAGGUCCAGCUAGGAUUAACCCAUUCUUUUAUAAACAUAGCAGUUUCAGAGAAACUGCUAUGUUUAUGAAUGGGUUAAGCCUUCCCCCAAAGCCUCUAGUGGCUGUCUCAUUAAAGUGAAAAAUCCCUUGUGGCACUUAAAAAAAAAAAAAAAAAGUAAAUUGCCUUUCUAACCCGAGGUAAGGGGGGAGGGGGGGGCCUGACCACCUAAACGGUGGUUUUAGAACUAUAGUGUCAGGAAUACAUGUUUGUGUUCACAUUCGCCAAAGCAGCACAGAUGGGAUGGGACUCUAAUUUAGCAUUAAAGCAAAACAUUAAAAACGUUAAUGGUGAAUGAAAUGACGGUACCAGGGGACUUCAGACACUAUAACCAGUUUAAUGAAAUAAAGCAGACACAAUGCCUACAGUGUCCCUUUAAACAAUGUUUCUAUAUCUGUUUUUUCAUUGGCAAUGUUUGCCCUAGCAUUGCCUUGUCUUAUUUUAAAUAUGAUGUAAUUUCCAAAUUAUUUAAAAUAAAUUAAUAGAAACCAGAGCAUCUCAAGAAGUUGAAAAACAAUUCCAGAGAAGUGAAUUUCCCUUUAAAGCAUUUCAUCAUCAAUGUAAUGACCUCAAAGAUAAGAUCAAAUACAUUGCCACUCAGUUCUUGGAAUGCUCAGGACAAAAAUACAUUAAAUCUAGAAACUUUGCCAAGAUUCCUUUCGUGUACAUCAGUGACAUAUGGAAUCUUUUUCUGACAAUUUAAAGUUGAACACAGGGAGAUGACAAUUGCAUCCCAUGUGAACUGAAUGACAAGGUCGAUAGAUCCAUGUGAAAAAAAAAAUUCAUAAUGUUUUGCGUUCAAGGCAGCGUCGGGUCUGAUUUGGCAGAAAAUGUGUUACUACCUGGGCCAGUGUAUGAAAAGCGAUUUGUCCUCCCUCUACCAAUUGUACUUUACGUAAGGGCUUUCAUUGGCUUUGGCAGCAGUUUGCUUCUUUUUCAGUACUAUUUAUAUUGCUUUAGAAAUUUCAGGUCAGACUUUGUUGAGAAUGAAAACUCUUGGGAGUUUAUUUUAAAAACAGGUAUUCACUAAGCUGUGAAUUGAGUCUGACUUGCAAAAUGAAGCUGUCUAUUUAGAUUUAGGAAAUGCUUCCAAGUUAGGGAUAUGUGCCUUGAUUUUUGACAUUAAGAAUUUAACCCCUUAAGGACACAGCUUCAGAAGCUUGUAUUGCCCUUAAGGACAGAAUGUUUGCAUUUUUUGCCAUUAUUGCACCAACAAAUAUUGUAUACCAUUUUUUUAUUUUGAGAACGUUACAUAUACAUCUAUAAAUUCUCAUUUAAUUCUAAAAAGAAAAAAUACCCCACGAUGUUUUUUUUUUUUCUUCACAGUUUAGGUAAUAACUGGUGUAUAAUAUGUCCAGCUUAGGAAAAGUAAUUCAAAAUAAAUUCAUUUGUGUCUUGCUUUAUAGAGUUCAUAUUAUGCAAUAGGAUUUCAGCUUAUUUUGAAAGUUACCGGGCACAAAAUACAAGGACUAAAAUAAAAUUUCAAUUAGCAACAAUUUUAGAAGUUGGUAUGUUUGUCUUGUAGGUUUAGUAGCCAUCACAGAAAACUAAAUUGCCACACAAAAAUAUAUAUUUAUAUAAAGUAGACAUCACAGGCUAUUUACCUAAGGUUAGUUUUUUUUUAUGUAGCCAUGCAAUCGCCAAUCUCUGCUAAAUAUUAGAGUAAAAUUGUGUUUUUUUUUUUCUUUAUUUUGGCAUAUACACAUACAGGUGGUCCUCAUUUUGUAACCUACCUGUUUUACGAUGGCUCGCACUUACGACCAGCUUUCUCGUGGGGUGGUAAGUGCGAGCUGUCGUGGGGAUUAGAGGGAUUCACUGCUCUGUUCAUCUAUGUUUGGGGAAAUUUCCCUGAACAUAGACUAACACACCAGAGCAGGGAAUCCCUCUAAUCUAUGUUCAGGGAAAUCUCUGUACCUGUUAGAGAUAAACAUACACAUUAUCCACAGUAAUUAUUAAUCUAGAGGAGGGCGACAGGCCACAGAUACCAAUACUAAUCAAUAGCUAUGGCAGGUUACAUUUUCGGGAUGGCUCGCAACCACACACUACUCCCACCCAGACAGUAUUCACCAUGUGUCUCAAUGCUGGGCAUCAACAGAUGAUCAUAGCUCUCAAUGCAGGGAGGACUCCCCACCCCAGCUGUUAGGCAUAUUAAAGCCCGAGCAUGAUGGGAGUUGUAUUUUCAACUAAGCACCCUGGAUACAGUCCCUAUCAGUAUGGCCCCAGCUGACUGCUCCUAGACCAGGCUCUGCUUCCCCCUCCCUGGUUGGAGGUCUCUGUACCUGUCCUGGCUGCUGUCCCAUGCUCUUGGUGACUUUGGGCAGGACUUGGCCUCGCUGGUUUUCUUGUGGGGCCGCGGACAGGGCCAAGCCGUGCUUCCCAGGCUGCACGUUCUCCUGGUUCUGCCACCUCAGCAGAUGAUCCCACAUAUUGCGAUCUCCGCCCUGGAGAGGGCGCUCGGUGACUUGGGCGAAAUUUCCCCGAACAUAGACUAACGUCUAUCCCUUAACUCCUCACUUACCGACCAAUUCGUUCCUGUAUAACAAUGUUUUUGUAAUGUGUAUUUUGUAAAGCUGGUGUGUGCUAUUCCUGUACAGAACCCCAUAUUGUGUUCAGCUACAUCUGCGGAGUAUAACUUUACCCCCAUUGUAUGCCUUUGGCACUAUUCUGUGAAACUACACUGCCAUAUAAGAGACAAGGCUAUUCCAGUUUUUUUAUAUUUGGAAUUUUCAUAGAUGGAUUUGAUGGGCAUAUGUCUUAUUUUGUGGCAUUCUAACUGUUUAACCCCCAAAGGGCUUUCAUUUGAUAAAGACACCCCAGGGUAUCUUAUAUGGUGUAUAUUGUGCCUUAAUUUGUCACCAUUUUUUCACCAAUUUAAGUCGGUUUGUGGUGAGGAAAACAAAUUGGCAUUUAAAAAAUAAAUAAAUUAUUGCGUUUUUGCUGCAUAUUUUUUACACUUGAUAUGGUACAUCAUAAAAACCCCCAAGUUAUGCUCAGUUACAUCUUCUGAGUAAAAUAUGCCCAAUGUAUGACGUAGACACUAUAUUUUGUGAAGUUACAGUGCUGUAAAAGAGACGUGACAAGUUCAGGUUUUUAAGUGUGAAUUUUCAUAGAUGGUUUUGAUGCGUCCGUGUCCCAUUUUGGAGCACUUGAGCAGGCUACAUAUUCCAACUACUCCAUAAAGGCAUACAUCCCAGGGUACUUCAAAAAGCAUAUUUUGAACCUUAGUGUGGGAUAAUUUUUCCGCCUUUUUUUUUUAAAACCAUUUGUAGUGGUUAUAAGCAACUUUUCUGCCUCUUUGACACACAAAAAUAGCAGUAUAAUACUUUAUAUAUUGCUCCGCUGUGUCAUCGGAGUGCAGCAAUAAGCUGUACUUGAUCCUGAUGAAAGUUUUUUUUUUUUUCAUCUAAAUAAAGCAGCUGUUUUUUGAAUGCAAACCGUGAGUGCUGACCCAAUCUGUGUGUGUAUGUAUGGUGUUCAAGUAGAGAUUGUAACCGUAUUAGUCCAGUGAUGAAGAUGUAAAAAACAGAUGAAAUUUGUAUCUUGUAAUGCCUUUUUUAUUGGACUAACAAUAUUUUAGUGACAAGCUUUGGGGAAAACCUCCUUUUCUCAAGUCUGAAGCAUUUCUCAAUUGCGGUAGUAACAUCACUGCAAAUUUGUGAUUUUUGUUGGAAAAGCAAGUCUUAUGGCUUGACUGGAGUGCAGAUUUUUGUUUAACAUUGUAUUGACUUUCCAAAGACUUCCGGUGGAAGGGGUUUUCAAUCACAAUUUUUUCCCCACAAUAACUUUGUGUGUGUAUAAAUGUGUGUGUGUUGAUUUAAUAGUUUUCAGGUUUAGACUGAAGGAUUUGUUUAUAUCCUUAUGGUCUAUCCCUAUUUAGGGUCCUGAGAUCAGGGACGCCUCUAUAACAAACCUCUAGUAUUCUUAAAGAGGUGUAUUUACUUGAUUUCAGCUUUAGACUGAAGGAUCUGCUUAUAUCCUCAUUACCUAUCUCUAUCUAUACUCUACUCCUAAUAUUCUAUUGUGCUUAUUUUUCACCAUUUACCAUUCUUUUUGUUUUUUGCUUCAGGAUUAUUGCUAUUUCACUAGGCUCUGUUGUAGCCAGUGUUUCGCUUAUUUUCACGAGCGCUUAACAAUAUAAAGGUUGGGAUUGCUACUUUUUUCUUUAGUUCUCAUAUUGUUAUUUUUUUGUAUCCUUUUGAAUUAGUGUGGUAUGUUUAACCACCAACCGUAGAUAUUGAGUAUUUCUCUCAGGGUUGUUCUCUGUUCAUUAGGCUACAUUGAUAUACUUGUCCACGUACCUUGUAGAGUUACUAAUAAAGUUUUUUUGUUAUUUACUAUUUUUCGUUCUUUUAAGAUCUUAUUUGAGAGGACUGGGAUUUUAACCUAGUAGUCACUUUCUUUUAGAGUGACCUUUCUAGGUUUUAUUACGUUAAAGGACCACUAUAGUGCCAGGAAAACAUACUCGUUUUCCUGGCACUAUAGUGCCCUGAGGGUGCCCCCACCCAGGGGCGUACCUAGAGCAUUUGGCACCCGGGGCGGAUCCUGUGCUUGGCAACCCCCCCCCCCACCACCACCACCCCCCUCCCAAAAACCUGUAAAAAUGUUAAAGGUUUUAUUUCUUUUAUUUUUACAAUUUGUAAACUUUGCAAAACCGCUGUCAGCCCCUCCUACAAAACCCUUGUCCUGCCCUGCCCCUCCUACAAAACCUCUGUCCUGCCCCUUCUACAAAUCCUGUACUGCCCCAUCUACAAAACCCCCGCAACCCCCUUCCACAAAUCCCCUGCUUAUCCCCCCUUAUAAAGACUCCUGUCCCAAUACAAAACCCCCACCCCCUUCUACAAAAUCCCUGCAGCCCCACACACACAUUUACAGGCAGACAGUCACAUACUCAGUUACAGACACAGUCACACAAUACACAUUUCCUCCGUGCGGCCAGUUUAUUUUGGAGGCUGGAUUAACCCAUUUAUAAACAUAGCAGUUUUUCUGAAACUGCUAUGUUUAUAGAAAAAAGGGUUAAACCUAGCUGGACCAGGCACCAAGACCACCUCAUUAAGCUGAAGUGGUCUGGGUGCCUAUAGUGGUCCUUUAAGGUGUCAAUUGUCUAUCAUUCUGGCCUGCAAUAUUCAGUGACCUAUUCAAUAUUUAAAUUUUUUUAUUUAUUUUUUGGUAGAUCCAAUGUUGUUUACACUGCAUACUUAUAGAGGCACUAUAGGGACACUAUGAUUACCAGAACAACUACAGCUUAAUGUAGUUGAUCUGGGUCUAUACCAUGUUCCUUCAGACCUUUUUGUUGUAAACUAAACAUUACAGCCUAGGAACAUCUCUUGUCACCACUCCUCAGACUGCUACUAGAGGAGCUUCCUGGUUCAGUGCUGCACAUUGUGCAACACUGGUUUUCGGCGUCUCCACUUUCUGCACGGAGGUGCUGAACUUUCCCAUGGACUAGGUUUAGGUCAUUUAAAACAACUGAGUGGGAGAUUCAUUAUUUUUUUUUAUAAAUAGCCAGCAUGCGAUCAAAUAGUACUUAUCUGUUCAAAAUAGAAGUACUUAUCCCUCCAUGAGUCCAGAAGAGGCUGUAAACUGUAUCGACUUCAAAUUAACUUUUUUUUUUUUUUAUGAAUAGGACACUCAGUGCUUUAGGGGCUGGAGCGUCCCUUUAACAAAGUGCAAGUGUUGCGGCAGCUUUCACUACCACUGGUGCAAAUCAACCUGCAUCUUCUGCAGACAUAAGGAUUUAGGAUACUAUAAUUACGUCACCAAAGCAAACUUUGGGAUAACUUGGUGUACCUCCAGGAUGGUUGACUUGCAGACUGCAGUGACAUGAAGUGCCAAAAGGCGAAGUAGGGGGCAUAGAGAAUAGCUAAAUGUACCAGGGCAUACCACAAACACAUUGGAACCAUGAAGUGCCUCCAGAGAGUCGAACCGCUCCCAGCUCAAUGGCAAGAAUGAGAUCCACGCCAUAAAUCACUAGUCCUUAGGCUCCACCUACAACAUAUACCAGACCAAGAGAAGAGCUGGAUACCAUGAAUAUCAAGUUCUGGAAACAAAUCACAAGGAGUGGAGGGUUACACCUGAAAUCCGAAAUCCAGAGACUAUACACCAGCUAGAACUAAAGUGCUCAAUACUUAUGACGAGGAGGAGUAAUAUAAUAACUAGUAUUUAUAUAGCGGCUUUCUCCUAGAGGUACUCAAAGCGCUUUGCAGUGCACGCUUUCGGAAUUAACCAAAUUGGCAGCUGAAUAGUAAUAGGAAUAAGAUGAUGGCAAAGCCACAGUCCUGGAUGUUACAUAGAGCAUCCACAAGUACCUUAUGAAGAUGGUUCCCAAAGAUGAACUGCUUAGGGAAUGCUUGAGACCACAAAAGAAAAUAAUCCAACAAUUAGUAGCUGAGUGCAAGAUGUUAUGUUCACCAGGCCAAUAUUUUUGUAGUACAAACAAUAAUAAAAGGUGCUUCCAUAAAUAUAAAGUGUGCACUCUGGUGUAUCAAAGAGUGUUUCCGAAACCUAAGAAAAAAACAUUGUGUAUUUGUAAUCUUUAUCAUCUACGUGGUCUGACAGGAAGUGUUUGAGAGGACCGGAGAGCUUCCUCUGUCCGGGUAGAGGAAAUUAAAGCUCCUCUACCGCGGUCCACUUGGCCAUCCUACAAGAAGGACACACAAAAGGGUCUUUGGAAGGGGACAAUGACAUACGCUGAGUUGCUGGGGAAGGGGACAAUGGCACAGAGAGGUGCUGGGGGAAUACAAAGGUUGUGUAAGACAUAGAGGAAAAAUGGGGGAUAAGAUACACUAAAGGGUACGUAAGACUCAAAAGCGGUUAUCCCCUGGCUAUGAGACAAAGCCAGCGGCAUUGUGGCUACAGCUGCAUAAAAAACUAUUUAACUUUAAAACGGCAGAUAACGGAGCAUAGAGACUGCAGACCAUUAUGUAGUUCCUAUAGACAUGUCCACUAUAGCUGUAGUGAUAACAGGGCCGUCUUUAACGCGGGGCAAACAGGGCAGCUGCCCCGGGCCCAGUUGCUCCUGGGGGCCCAGAGCAGAUGCUCUGUGGGCCCCGCGAUUUGCGCAGCCCCUAUGGACCGGGUGUUGCGGCUCCUGCACACUGAGGAGGCUCCCCGGGUGGCCCAUGCACUAAGGGCCACCCGGGGAGCAUGUGUCAGCAGGGGCCCGGUCGGGCGCUGUGGCGCUUAAACAGCGCAACCGGGCCCGUCUUCCGGUUCUGCAGCCGGCUGAGAGGAAGUGACGUCACUUCCUCCCACCGGAGAUAAUGGCCGCGCGGGAGGAGGAAGGCAGGGAGGAGGGGAGUUCCAGAGGAGAACUCCCAUCUGCCUCAGCCUGCCACUGGACCAGGGAAACCACCCUCCAGGAAAAGGUAAGAACCUGGAGGGUGGCUAAAUGUAUGUCAUUAUGUCUGUGUGUGUGUGUCAGUAUGUCAGUAUGUCUGUGUGUGUGUGUGUGUCAGUAUGUCUGUCUGUGUGUGUAUGUGUCAGUAUGUCUGUCUGUGUGUGUAUGUGUGUCAGUAUGUCUGUGUGUGUGUGUGUCAGUAUGUCUGUGUGUGUGUGUCAGUAUGUCUGUCUGUGUGUGUAUGUGUCAGUAUGUCUGUCUGUGUGUGUAUGUGUGUCAGUAUGUCUGUGUGUGUAUGUGUCAGUAUGUCUGUGUGUGUAUGUGUGUCAGUAUGUCUGUCUGUGUGUGUGUGUCAGUAUGUCUGUGUGUGUCAGUAUGUCUGUGUGUGUCAGUAUGUCUGUGUGUGUCAGUAUGUCUGUGUGUGUGUGUGUGUGUGUGUCAGUACGUCUGUCUGUGUGUGUGUGUCAGUACAUCUGUCUGUGUGUGUGUGUCAGUACAUCUGUCUGUGUGUGUGUGUCAGUACAUCUGUCAGUGUGAUUGUGGGUUGGACGUAAUUGGGGGGUGAGGCAGUGGCAGGGACAGGGCCCAUGGUGCCCAAGAAAAUGCAUUGCCCAGGGUCCUAAUCAUAUUAUAGACGGCCCUGAGUGUUAAUGAUGCCAGGAGUUCCGAGGCCCAGUUUCCUAAUAAUGAGACAUACCAUUUAGUACUGGUUUGCCCUCUUUUCUAGAUCCCUGACUGGAUCUGAGGCGCUCUUAUAUUUUUGUUGUAGCAAAUCUUGGUCAUAAAUAAAAGUACCAGCAUUGUACACGACAUUUUUAAGUGCAAACCAUUGUAAAAGGAAAAGUGUUCCACACACAAACUUAUAAACCUUGCAUAAUGUCACAUUGUUCCUGACUGGCUAAAUUUAAGCAAGGAACAUCUGCACUAUGUGAUAUGGACUAUGUAGGAAUGUUGGGUUAAAUCGUAGUAAGUAGGAGGGAAUGAGAGUCCCGAAAAAGGAAUAAAAGCCUUGCGAUAACAAGCACUGUGAUGCGUCGAAAGAACGUAAACUUUUUGCUAAAAAAAAAAAAUGAAAAUUUGGGGCUAGCUUUUGUGACGUCUUUAGGAACUCCGCGGAGACUUAGAUUGCGCUGCCGCUUUGAGUCCUCCAGCACAGCUAGUUUGUCCUCCAUGGUGAGGGUGAUCUGCUUUAGUCGAUCUAUGUCAGCAGACAGGUUUCCCUGUAUUUCUCUGGUGGUACUGCCCUAGUCCUCCACAGACUGCAGUCUGGCAGUGAUGGUCCCCAUGUCUUGGCGGGCUAGCGCAAUGUCGGCCGAGAAGUAGGCCCUCAUCUCAGCCAGCAUGUUCUUGAUGUCUGCGUUGCUGGCCGGCAUGCUCUCUGUGUAAGGCUGGCACUCUUGGUUACUGAGGCCGCCUCCGUGUUAGUGGGUCUCUUACUGGGUACGCCACGACCGGCUGAAUCUCGAGUCUUCUGGUACUCUCUGCUCCAAGCCGGAAUCUGAGUCAUCCUGCACGGGUUCCAUCUUAGAAGCAGGCAGCAGCGGUGUGCCUCGGAGCAGGGCACCGAUAUCCUUGGUGGAGGAUGCUGCUUUGCUUUUGCAGUGUUUAAUUGUGUUUUUUUGUUUGUUUUUUUCAUCACUUUGGGGUAUUUUGGGGGUUCUGGCUCCGCCCAUCCAGAGGCUCUUUUUAUGUGGUGAUACACAUCUGGCUUCUUCACAGCUGCAGAAGCUGAUCCGUAGGCCAUUCAUAAAAGGUGCACUUUCCCAAAAAAAAUUUUUUUUUUUUUUUUUUUUUUGCACUGAAUUAACUUUAACACGCAGCAACUGGGAUUUACACAUCCAACAACCAAAACGAAAUGCUGCACAUACAGGUUCCAGGUACAUCACUGAAGUUGUCAUGCAACUUUGGGUAACCCUUCAAGCUAAUGUUGAUUUGCUACCUAGAGUGUAGCUUUUAGUAUAGAUUCAAGUGCAAAAAUCACACACUGAUGCUGUUUUAAAUCCGUUUGGAUCAAAGUAUGGAUUGGGAUCUGAGUAAAGUGCCUUUCCAGAAGAGAUGUUUCACAAUAUUAUCUCAUGUGUGUGCUGGCUGUGCUUUGUUGCUUUGUAUAAAGGCGGUCAAAACAUGUGCUUGUAGCUGGACAUUUUGUUGACUCUUAAAGUAUAUCCUGAAAUUACCUCCCUGUUUACCCUUAAAGGUACUCAAUAGUGUCAGGAGUGCAGAGCUGUAUUCCUGGCACUAUAGCUCCCUCUGCCUCCCCCCCUUCCUCGCGUGGCGCUGGAAACAAGCAGUUACAUUACAGUGGUGACUCCUCCCGCUUUACAUCUUUAGACCACUUUUCAGAACACACUUUCAUCUUCUCUUGUUUUAUACACAAUAUUUAUUUUAUAUAAUAUAUAAUAUAAACCUCUGUGUCAUUAUAUCAUUAUAUCAUCUGUAAUUGCCUGUUCGUAGAGACUGUCUAAAAAUACAGACCUCAGCCACUAUUCAUUCUGCUUUAUAAAACUAUAUGGGUUAUCGAAAUGUGGUUUCCACGUGAUAUGUGUAGGCUUGAGCAUCCUGUGUUUGUAUGUUGGUUUUAUUUGGUUAUCAAUUGUUGUGGGUUUUUUUUUGUGUUUUUUGCCCACCCCCUAUAUAUUUAGCAACUUUAUAUAGCCUUUUAUUAUUGGGGUGGCAAAAGGCAAUUGGUUACCCAGAUAGGGGUUAAAGGAACACACAAAGCACCGAAAAAAAAUUACGGCUUAUUAUACUAGUGGUAGUCGUUCUUAAAGUGUCCCUUUAAGAUCAGAUGUAACUGAGUAAACCAAUAUUUGUUUUCUCCUCUGUUUUGUCACAGGGCCCGCUUCCUAAUACAUGCUGUCAUUUCUGGUUAAUGGUCUGGCAACAAAAAAGUCGUGCAAUUGUGAUGCUGAACCGAAUCAUUGAAAAGGAUGCGGUAAGUGUUAAGUGUUGUUUCUCAGAAGUAUUUAUGUUGCCAGAAAUAAUCAGUUUCAGAUCUCCAUCUGGGGAAAAGCUGCAUCUGUGAUCUGCCUAGCAGCAGCAUGCAGGAUUUCCUGGCCUUGACAGAUCUGUAAUGAUGUCACCAAUUAGACUAAUUUCUUCUUUUGUCAUUUUUGCUCAAAAGUAGAUUUAUUGUAUUUUAGUACAGUCCGUCACUUUAAUUCUAAUUGAACUGCGGCACAGUACAGUAAAGUUUCUAACCUGAAAUGUUUAUAUUACCAUAUCAAUAGACACUAUGUAAACCGUAAAGGCCAUAAAGUACCAUUCUUCCAUCGUCAGGGUUAUGCAGGUAACACUUGCUUCAGGGAAACCCUGAUGACUAUUUGAGGUAUAAUUAAAAAUUAGACAGCCUCAUUGUAAUGGAAUCCAGAGCGAAGUGUUCCUUAAUAUGCAUUAUUUUAUUGUCCUCCAUAUGGGUUAUUAAAAUCAAAUAUUUUUCACUGAACAACAUUUAGGCAGGAUACCCCCAAAAUAAUGUUUAAAAGUCCACAUGUUUUGUAUAAACACCAACCAUACUUUAAGACACAAGUAAAAGCUUAGCAUAUCGAACCAUUAAACCCUUCAUACUCCAACAACAGUGUGUGAAAGUGGAACUCUGCCAAAGCCUUCUAUAACUAUAACCGUAGAAAUAAAAACCAAUUGUCAAACUAUAUACAUCUAUAUCCAAGGUGCUACACUUUUCCCAUGCAAGACAGCGUACAUUGUUGCAACAAUAUCAUGAAGAGCUAAGUUUGUGUAUCCACAAAAGGUUCUUAUCCCUGCAUCAUUCAGUAUAAAGAGUGUUAAUAUUGUUGAAGCAGAUUUUUCACUUACAUGGGUUUUUGCUCAUUUUGUGAAGAUCCACGAAAGUGACUGAUCCAAAGUGGAUCUGGUUGUCUCAGGGUGCAGGGUAAGGUAGGUUUAUUUAUUAAUUUAUUUUUUACUUUCCUCAAGCUGUCUCCUGCAGCACCUGCCAUCUUUGUCCUGCAGGUCAUUUAUAGUUCCUGGUGUUUUAGUUACCAGGAGCUCAGUGCUAUAUUCUUAGUGUAUGCACAAGAGUACAACAUGGAGGUCUAUGGAGGAUCCUGCGGAAAAUUCAUAGACAUUCAUGGACAAAAGUUCACAGCGUAGCUCUACCUUUUGUCAACCUCAGGUUUGUCAGACAAAGUACCGUAGUCCCUUCUUUGUCUUAUAGUAUGCUUGGUUUGCAUUGGAAUUCCAAUGCAGUCUUCAUCAGUAUUUUAUAGAGAAUAUAUCUUUAUGAAUUACUGGAAAGUGACAGAUUUACUUUCAUUAAAAGACAGAAAUAUCCCAUUAGACAAUAAGUGCAAAGGACUAAGCGUUUUUCUCUCUUGGACAAAAUGUGGAAGAGGUCACCUCCUCUGAAAGGACUUGUUAAUCUUUCAAUACAUUGAAAACUGAAUGUAGUGGUAUUUGUUAUGAUAAGACAGAACAUUACUUACUUUAGUGACCUUAGUUAUUUUCUUUAUUACAGUAUAGGGUGACUAUUUACCAGAUUCUUUGCAAUUACUGAAUACACAUAUGUACAUGAGAUGGGGAUAGUCCCUCUUUCAAGUAAGCAACUCUCAUGUCUUGUCUGACAGCUAAGUAGAGGGAGUUGAUGUUAACCCUUCUCCGACAUUGGGGUGUUCUAUGCUACAAAAGGAGGACUUUCACUCCAUCAGGCAGCAUUGCACGCCCUAACAUCAGGGCUCAUCCUCCCCAGAUCAAUCGGAGGGGAACUGCUUGACAACCCAGGCAUCCUCCCCCCUGCAGCCAAUCCUGCUUAUCUGAGUUAUGUGAUCGCGAUAACAGCUGGAUCGCAUGACUCAGAUUGGUAUGAUUGGCAGAUCCCCCAAUAUAGAGCUAAUAAAGUAACAUACUUCUGUAAAAAUAAUCUCUAAAAUAAAUGAUGAAUUAAUGUACAUAUUUAUCAAAAUACACUUGGUGUGUAGUGUAUACAUACAUAAUUUAUUUACAAUUGUAUUGUUAUUAAUUAUAAAUUGGGCACCUCCCUGAAUUUGUAAGCCCUAUAUUUGACCCUGUAUCUUUCCAAAACCUCAUAAACCCUGUUCAUGGGGUUACUGUUAUAUUUUUAUUCAGAGAUGUCUCACAAGUUACAAGUGUUUUAGAUCAGUAAAACAUACAAUGACUGGAAUAUCAGUAAAGUGCAGUUUUGUGUGAAACAAAUAUGAACCCCAACAACAAACUAGGGUUUGUGACUAAAUGGCUACUGAAAAAGAUUGGACAUACCCUGUUUUGAAUUCUCUGGAUGUCUACUUUUGUAAACGGUAUGCCAUGAUGGAGGUAAUUUUCAUUCCUGACCUGCCGUUCUCAAAGCAACAUAGGUCCCGCAAACCAAUAUGGCAACUUUCAGUGUGUAAAAAGAGAGGGGGUUGCUAAAACUUGCAGCAAUUUCACUAGAGUGGUAUAGCAUUUAAAUAUGUGGGUAGGGUGGGUAAAAUACCAUGAGAUGAUGAUUUGCAGGUUAAAAUAUUGAGAUGGCUUUUCAGAAGGCUACCUUUGUAGGUCAUUGGUACAGUUGCUGGAGCUCAGAGUCCUUUGUAGUUUUGUGGCAAACUAACUUCUAACUCAGACUUGUUCCAAGUGACUCUUUCAAUUAUGUAAUGUUUUACUGUAUACAGUAUGAACUAUGUCUAAGCCACUUCUUCUAAAUCCAGAAUUUCAUCUUUUGCUCUGUUAAAUUUGAAAGCAUGUAGAUCAGGGUUCCCCAAAUCCAAUGUCGCCAUGGUGACUUAGUAUUUUGUCUUGGUGCCUGGGUAUUUGACCGCGAGGAAACUGUAAUGUUCCUGCUCUGCUCCCUCGCAUGCCCUGCAGUGAUGCCAGGAUAUGUCGUCACUCUGGAUAUGGCAUCGCUAACUGGCGGGAACAGAGCAGGAAGAUUAAAGCAUAGCCCCACUGGACCCCAGGUAAACGAUCCAGACCAGCUCUCACAAAGGAGAGUGGACUUAAAUUGAAUUAAAACAAAUAAUUUGUGGGUGUAUGAAAUAAUGUGUGUCUGUCUGUAAAAAUGCAUGUAUGUUUAGGUGACUGCCCCCCCUCCAAUUGCAUGGGAAUGGUGUUUUUACUCCCCCUCCCCCCUCCCCCCCUUUUUUUAUUCCCGCCAUGCUGUACUUGCUGCAGCUAGCCUUGCCUCCAUGUCUGAGAUUAUCAAACUUGAUGAUCUCAGCCAAUCCAAUGCUUUCCCACAGUAAAGCAUUGGAAGGCUAUAACGCAUAUGUGGCAAAACGCUGCGCCAAUCAGCAUCUCCAUAUAAAGAUGCAUUGAAUCAAUGCAUAUCUAGGUGGAAUGUUCAGUGCCUCCAUGCAGAGCGUGGAGAUGCUGAAUGUAGAUAGGAAGCACUUUAAUUGCCAUCUGAGUGACUGCCACUAGAGGUGUUACCAGGUAGCAUUGAAAAGCCUGCAGGGACAGGCUAUAGACACCAGAACCACUACAGUAAGCUGUAAGAAUUGUAUUUUUGUUGUUUUAAAAUAAAGCUUGCUUUGUUUGGGGAAAAAAACAAACAAAUCCUGGCUCCUGACUUUUCUAGCGGACUUCUAGAUUCAAAGCAUAUUUGUCAAGUCCUGGUUUAGAUACUGCUGCUCAGGUACAGGACUCUCGUCACAGCCUCAUUGUUGAGAAAUUACACUGCUUUGUAGUUAUUUGUGUAUGUGGUCUUUUCAGCAGCAUGAUAAUUUUCUUUUAAAUUUAUUUAUUUUGUAUUUUUUCAGCGAAGAGGCAGUUGGGUACAGAAAAAAAGAAAGGGUGAAUAUCAUAAACCAGUGGGUACAUUACAUUUUGAUUGGAUGCACACAUGACGUAUUCUGGUUUGGUAAUAGAUAUAUGGUUACAAUACAAUGCUACACGCAUGUUAGGUGGAGUGUGUGUCGUCUUGGGCCUGUUAGCCGGAUAUGGGAUGCCCUGUCAGUGUAGAUGAUACCUUUGAGAACCUGGUCUCAUUCAUAGUGUCUCUUUAGGUGUCUGCACUACGCCUUGCCAAGUAAGUCUACCCACUUCGGAUGACUGCGCAGGAUCGAUCUAUUGGCAGGCUAAGUAGACAUCUGGUGGUGGUGGCCUGUCUCGAAGCUGAGACGAUGUUAAUCAGUUCUCUUGUCUAGGCUGCUAGGUAAUUCGGCUCUGUGUUUUUUGUUGUUUUACUUUUUUUUGUAUGUUUUUUAACAUAAUAGCAAUGCCUUUGUACCUCCCUUAUAGUAAGUGAUGUUCGGAUGAUUCUAAUUUACCCUUGCCUCUCCUUCGAGACUGCCUAGCCACUUGGCUCGGUUUUAUUUUAAAGCGGGGGGGGGGAAUGUGUGGGUGGAGAGGGAGGGAAACUUAAAAGAAAAGGUGUGUGUGUGUGUGGCAAAUUUGUACAAUGUAGGCUUGCUUCUCUUGUCAGGGUGAACUCAUCGUUUUUAGGGUGAAGCCCCCGUACUCUGAAGCUUAGUAGUGCCCAGUGUCUUCGGUGAUUGCGAAUGGCCGAGUUUGCAGUGCUGCCAGUUGUGAACUUUGGGCCGAGAGACUCGAGCUCAGAUACCUGUCCCCUCCACUCACCAAUCGCAUCGUCCCACCUAACCCAUUAUCUCCGGUGGUGAAACUACCGUACCAAGGGGCUUGUUUCAUGUUUAAUUUGUCAUGUAAUAAGAACUUUACAAGUUGCGUCCACGUGGUGUGUCCCAUUUGUGAUCAAAAAGGCGUCAGACAGGAACCCUGCAUUGAGCACAUGCGCAGUAGGGUGGCUAUAAAAGGCCUUCACCACUGACCGGAACCAAUCAAAUUUGAGCAAUACCGCCUCCAGGAAUCCCCAAUGUAGGCGGUUGAAGGCCUUUUCCGUGUCUAGUGAUGUCAGUAAACCUCACUUCCGUGUCGCCUAAUAGCCAUGCAUUAUGUUCAGUACUUUUCUCGUAUUUCCCGAUCCCUGUCUGCCUGCCACGAACCCCACUUGGUCAUUGUGGAUAAUGUGGGGUAGUAUGUUGCUUAAUCGGGUUGCAUGCAAUUUUGCAAAGAUUUUGGCGUCCCUGUUCAAUAGUGAUAUAGGUCUAAAAUUUUGGGGGAGUGUGGGCGAUUUGGUUUGGGAAGUGUAACAAUGUGCGCCAAUAACAUGUUUUAAAUUAGUGAUUUGUGGGCAAUUGCGUCUUGAAAUGUGCGAAGGCGUGGAGCUAAUGUACUGCUAAAUUUUUUUGUAAUUUUUUGAGAUUGUCCAGACCAUCAGGUCCAGGUGAUUUGCCCGGAGGCAGGGCGCUUAUAGUUAAAAUGACUUUGCGUUCUGACACCGGUUGGGCAAGUACGGUCUGUUGUGUAGGGGUCAAUUUUGGCAGGUGAAGGCCUUCUAGGUACUUAUUAAUGUCUGUACUCUGGGGUUGGUGUACCUGCCCAUCAUGUUUAAGAUUAUAUAAUUCGGUGUAAUACUGCGCGAACUCUUUGCUAAUAUCCCUUGGCGUUUGAGCCUUAGUGACGGUUUUUGUCGUUAGAUAUGCAAUUUUUUGGGAUGCUUGGCGUGAUUGCAAUCUGCUUGUGAGCAUUUUACUUUAAUGCCUUGUGCGUAGUAGGUAGUUUUAAAGCGUUUAAGCUGAUAACCUAUUGAUUGUAAGUCUGCUGAUGUAUUCUUCUAUUUAGGGGUAGUAUGUGGUCUCUUAGAGAUGCAGAAGGUGACAUUUGGUUUUGCACGUUUAGGGAGUACAGCUCUUCUUGCCACUUAUGCAAUUGGGCUUGGGAGUUUUUACGAAAUGCGGUCGCUCGCUGUAGAAGUAGCCUCCUCACAACCGAUUUGUGAGCCUGCCAUAUUGUGGUUGGGGACAUACCUGGAGUGAACCAUUCCUCAGGUACCAUAACUUGGGAACAAAGGAGGGACUGAAGGGGUCAGGAGUAAGGAAGUCUUUUGAAAGUUUUCCUUUAACGAGAGGUUUCUUUAAGAACAUGUCCUCUCACAUCAUCCAGCUCUUGAUGCAAUGUACCCCAAUGAAGAGAUGUUGCUUUGCCAGUGUGGCAUUUGGCUCUGCCCCCCGCUCUGCCUCCUUGACAGAGAUCAUCCAAAUUGACAAUCUCAGCCAAUCCCUGGGAAAGCAUUGUAUUUGGCUGAAAUCGCCAAUUCUGAUGUCAGCCAAUGAAGUGAAUCAGUGGUGGAGCCAGCGAAGAAAAAAAAGAUUAGUUUAUACUACUUUUAAGGGGGGCUAAAUAGUGUUAACACUAUAGGGUCAGGACACACACAGGCCUGGAGGCGAUCCUGAGCGGCACGGUGGCAAGGCAAGUGUGGGACUGGGCGACCCCCAAGACGACCGAUACACCGGCACACAUGCCAGCUAUGGGCCGCCGCUCCCAACGACCGCAACACACAGCAGACAGCAGGGAUAUCGGGGCCAUGCUUCAGAGGCCUAUGCAGGCCAAAACCGCCCCUGCCGAACCCCCGAACCCCCGAGCCCCGCAGCCCACACUCACCACCCAGAAAUGGCGGCCUCCAAGGGCACCCAGGCAGAGAGCCCAAAACAGGGGGAUGAUACAGCCGACACAGCCCCAAUCACCAGACAGGAUCUAAAAACCCUGCUGACAGAUUUUCACACAAUUCUAGCGACGGAACUUGCUCCCAUCAAAAAAGACAUCAAAGCAAUCACCAGCAGGGUGCAGGCAACCGAAAAAGACAUCACAAGCCUGCAGGAACAUCUAUCCGACCUACAAGAAUCUGUGCAGCAGGUACACACACAACAUAAAGCCUUAACUGCACAGCUCACUGCUCUAGAAGAAAAACAAAGACGCACUAAUAUAAAGAUAAGGGGCAUCCCUGCGGAAGUCACACCAAACGAACUGCCACACUACUCCAGGCACCUCAUAGCCACAAUCUUGCCUCCAGUUGCAGCCAAAAAACUAGCCGCAGCAGAGAUUUACCGCUUGCCCUCUUCCGCCAGGGCACCGAAAAACACAGCCCGAGAUGUGAUACUCAGAUGUCCAACAAUACAAGACAAAAUACAGCUCAUGACGGCCCUUAAAGGGAAAACACCACUGGAUUUUGAAGGAACUACACUGUACUUUUUCCAGGACCUAACAAAAGCCACCCUCACCUGGAGGAAAACCUUCUCUUCUCUCACCGGUGGCCUGAGGUCAGUGGGCAUCGAAUACAGAUGGGGGCCCAACGGCUCCGUAAUGGUGCACCGGAACGGAACUCACCACACACUCACCUCAAUGGAAGGUGCACCCGAAUUUUUGAAGGCACUGGGACUGGACAUCCCGAUCGCUGCUACCCCACAUGGGAGGCCAACCACUGCUAGCUGGGACCCAGAACACAUCACCCCCUUUGUUCCAAGGGCCGGGAGCUCCAAGACCACGGAACGGCAACAGCCUCUGGGAACCGGUUUGACGCUGGACACUUAGCCCCUCCAGGGGAAGCAGAACAAGGACACAUUACAUUCCUCGCAAACCCAACUAAUAUCAAAAGUUUAUUGCCUGCCCUGUUGCAUACUUAUUGAUUUUGCUUAUAUGUUGUCUAUGAGGGAAUGUCCACCAUGUUUGAAUUUGUAGAUAGUCCGCAACUAAUGGCACAAAGGGCCCUACACAACCCACCUCAAACCGACAGGGCACGGCAGCAUUCCCACAUAUACACUCAUAGUCUGUGGCGUGACCAUGAAAAUAUCCCCCCCCCCCCGCAGCUCCCCUGGUUAGGAGUUAUUACACUCAUGUUCCAGAGCACACUCUCCAAGCAGGAAUCUGCACAGUGGUACACACACACCCAAACACGUUCGCAUGCAGCGCUGCCAGAAUCACCCCACUAUAGCAUGCAAACAUAAGUGCGCAGAACCACUGCAUUAUAAAGCUAUACAAUAUGACUUACCAAACCUGCAGUAAGAGUAAACCCGUUUAACCAUUAACAUGCUCUUGAAUCGUAUAUGCCUGUUUUAACCUCACCAAGUUGACUAUUCAAUUUACCUAAAUCCUCGCUUAACCUAUAAUAUAAAAAUGUGCUAGUACUAACCAAUCCUGCUCUAUUCAAACCAUCAAGCGAGAACAGUUCUGUUGUAUACAAACUUAGCAUAGCAUGUUUAUUGCUAACCACGAAUGUCUUAUAGCCUGUUUUUUUCAUGAGAAAAAAAAAAUGUGCCGUUCAACCUGCCACACUUUGGAAUUCUAUGAAUCUGCUUGCAGCGGCUGUUGUGGCUCUGCACGCUUGUUGUUACUUCAUGCACAAAUAAAAUAAAGAAUUUUAAAAAAAACAACACUAUAGGGUCAGGAAUACACAUUUGUGUUCCUGACCUUAUAGUGUUUCUUUAACCCCUUAAGGACACAACUUCUGAAAUAAAAGGGAAUCAUGAUGGAAUAUAUCCGUCAUGUGUCCUUAAGGGGUUAAUGCCCAUAUUUAUACAUGACAAUACCUUACUGGCCUAGCAACUGCUGAUUGAAAUUGCACAUUGUUAUCACUAACGGAACGAGGCAGGGGUGCCCACUCUCCCCCUUGCUAUAUGUGCUGGCUUUAGAGCCGCUAGCGGAGACAAUAUGGGCCAACAGCUCCAUACACGGAGUAACAGUGGGCGACAGGGAAUACAAAAUCAAUUUAUUUGCAGACGAUGUCAUGUUGACAUUAACACAACCCCAAAUUUCACUACCAAAUCUCAAUGAAGACAUUAAAGAAUACGGCCUUAACUCCUACUACAAAUUGAAUGUCACUAAAUCCCAGGCUAUGGGGGUGGGAGUCCAAUCCAACCGACUGAAACACUUGAGUGAGCUUUUCUCAUUCGACUGGAGGAAGGACUAUAUUACCUUUUUGGGUGUCCACAUACCCCCCCACCUACCCCAUUUGUUCAAGUUAAACUUUACUAAACUGAUCAGAUCAUUUACAGACACGCUACACACAUGGGAGGGCAAAUAUCUCUCGUGGCUGGGCAGACUGGCGGCGAUUAAGAUGUCAAUACUUCCCAAACUCCAAUACCUGUUGCGCACAAUCCCGAUUAGUCUACCAGGCCAAUACAUGACCGCGAUCCAGAAGACGAUCGUACGGUUUGUGUGGGCCAACUGCAAAGUGAGGGUGGCCAGCAAGCUCUUACAAAAACCGAUCAAAGAAGGGGGACUGGGAAUGCCCAACAUCCGAUCUUACCAUAGAGCCACAUUGCUGGCAGCCAUAGCAGCGACAAACGCAGUGGAAGACCCCCCCCCAGUGGGUCCACAUAGAAACACACUGGGCAUGCAAACAGGGGCUGCGACACCUAUACCUAAACUACGGCCGCCGUAUGCAACCAUGUUACCAACCACAGCAGCAAUGAUCAAAACAUGGGACUCGGUGAGGGCAUCACUGGGCAUGGUCGGACCAACUAUAGGGAAUAUCUCACUCACGAGCAUCUCAGUGGGCAUCCCAACAUUUGAUCACACCCCCUGGGUGAGAGGGGGAUGCACACACCUUAGCCAGAUAUGCGAGGACAACGAGAUACUGCCAUUCCCAGCGCUGCAAUCCAAGUUCUCCUUGCACACCAGACACAUAUUCCCUUACCUCCAACUGAAAUCUUUUGUGACCUCAUACUGUAAGGGGUCAAGUGCCGAGCCACCAAACAUUGGCGCCUUAGAACAGCUAUGCCUACAGGGCAGUAUACCCCAAAAAAUCCUGUCAAAACUAUAUGCGCUCCUGAAUACAGUAAACACAAACGGACACGGAGACUUUAGAGACGCCUGGCAGAAAGACAUAGGACGCCCGAUAGCAGACCUAGACUGGAAGCAGGCAUUCCAAACACACAAAGGGCACACAUCAUGCGUUACCUAGAAAUAAUGAGGAAAAUUAUGUACAGAUGGUAUAUGGUCCCGGACAAACUAGCGAAAAUAUACCCGGGAAGCUCAGGGGAAUGCUGAAGGGGUUGCGGAGACAGGGGGACAAUGUACCACAUUUGGUGGACGUGCCCGGUAAUCACUUCAUACUGGGAGAUGGUGGAAGGGAUAAUCACGGACGUGAUAGGCCACCCCUACCGCUUAGGGCCCGAACAGGGCAUACUAUUCAUGCAUCUUACCCAAUGGCACAAGCAGGAAAGACAAUUGAUAUUCCAAGUGCUCAUAGCGGCAGUAACCCUAAUAGCCAGACACUGGAAACAACCACAAGCACCCAGCAAACACGAUCUCCUAACGCAAACAACCACAAACUGGGAAUAUGAGGCUAUGGCAAACAAAUACAUUACAAAUAACCACACGAUCAUAGACGCAAAAAACAAAUGGGCAGAAUACAUUCAGAGAAGCACACAACACUCUAGAACUCAGGACGUAUAGGUACGCUAGGACAAGGGAGAUUGAGCAGCGAACCACAGCCAGAGAGACAGGGAAUGUCUGAGACUUGACCUGGGUGGAUGUACUAAUACAUAGUACCGAUGGAACAUUGGAGGUAGUCAGGCAGAAUUAGCAGCUAGGAAACAUAGGCCCAGAGGGAGGGCAAAGAGGAGCACCCUUUUCAAAAGUUCCACAAACCGAAUCUCUUCCCCUUUCUUCCCUUUAUCCUUUUCCCUUCCCUUCUCUGCACACCCUAUCCCUACCCCCCUGAACAAUAAUCUAGCUACAACUCAAUGCGCAUCUAGACAGCCGCUCUAGCAUGCACCCCGCUAGUAGUUCACGUACGCCUAGCCCAGACGCUGCCACCAGGCAACCACAUUACGCAAAGCUCCUGGGGGGUGAAGAAACCAAUUUCCCUGAAGGAGACCAGCAUGCAGAGACAUGGGGUCUGUACAAUACGCACGUGAUAAGGUCGAGCAAUACAACACACACAUCGCAAAGCUAAGAUACUCGCUAGACGCUAGACCAACAGCACACGCAAGUGGCGACAUUACGACCUGCACUCCAUACUACACUUGCAACCCCGAGAAAGGUAGCAAAUACGGAUUGGGAAAAUCUGAACGUUAAAAGUGUAAAGGUUAAAAUUGUAAACGCUAACAUUGAAAAUUGUGGAAUGCGAAAUGUGUAUUGUGGACUAUACAAUGUACCUAUCCGAGGCAGAGAGUUGAACGUGUAAACAACAUUGCCUAGAUCCCUCCCCACCUCCCCUUUUCGUUUUGUACCCCCCAUAUACUGCUUUUUGAAAUAUGACAAAAUAAAAAUUGUCAAAUUGGUAAAAAAAGAAAUUGCACAUUGUUGCCUAGUUUUUUUUUUUUGUUUUUUUUUUAUAACCAUUCCCAAAUCCUUCUUGUGUGUUGUUAUCCCUAAUUCACUACUUUGACAGCUCGCCCUCCUAGAGGAGUAAGCCCUGCUCGCAUGUCAGUUUGUAACUAUAAGCUGCCAAUCAAUGAGCUGAAUGAUAGCUGUUGACACUUCAUCACUGCGCAGGUACUCUGCAGUAUGUAUAUUUGUGUGUGUGUGUGUAGUAAAUCUAUGUUUAAUUUUAUUUAGGUCAAAUGUGCACAGUACUGGCCCACACCUGAGGAGGAAGUCCUGCUAUUCAAGGAAACUGGGCUUUAUGUGAAAUUGUUGUCUGAAGAUAUUAAAUCCUACUACACGGUGCGAGUGCUGCAGUUACAGAAUAUUAAUGUAAGUCAUUUUAUUAUGUUUAGUUUGUUCUCCAUAUACUUACUGCAAAAAUAUUGAUUAAACUCUUGAUCACGUUGUUAUAAUGGAUUGUUUUUCAGACAUCAGAAGUAAGAGAGAUUUAUCAUUUCCAUUAUACCACGUGGCCGGACUUCGGAGUACCUGAAUCUCCAGCCUCAUUCCUAAAUUUUUUGUUUAAAGUUCGUGAUUCGGGCUCUUUGGGUCCUGCCUACGGCCCGUGUGUUGUCCACUGCAGUGCAGGCAUAGGGCGUUCUGGAACGUUUUCAUUGGUCGACACUUGUCUUGUUUUGGUAAGUUAUUUAAUUUACCAUAUAUCAGUCAUCUCUGUGUAUAGAUAAAAUAGUCAUUUAAAGGAAGCGGUGUCAGAUCCAAGGAUAAUGAUGCAGUUAGAAGCUGGAUAUCUGUCCCCAUGCUAAUUUAGAGAUAGUUUAUGCCACCCAUGACCAUAGUCAAAACCAACUUCUCCUGAACAGUAGCAGAAAAUAUUAGUGCAAGUUAAAACUUUGCUGAAUGUAGGAGAUGUAUCACUGGAAUAUUUAUUUCCUUUAUUUUCCGACAUCACAAUGUUUCCAGUUUAGAUAUUUUGACCUUAAAUUUGAAAUUUUCUUUGAAUUCUCACUUUAGUUAUUAAUCCUGUAAAUUUAAUUUCUUUUCUGGGUUUCUUUUCCUUUCAUAGUCAAUACAAUGUUAAACACAGAUCUGCACACACCAGUGAAGAGACUUGGUUUUUCGACAGAAAUCUCAAAUUAGCUGUGAUGUUACUACUGCAAAUGAUUAUGGGUGGGCAUAUUCAUUUUGUGUGCAGAUUUUGUGUUUAAUACUGUAUUGAAUAUGUAUAAUAUAUAUAUUUUUUUAUCAAUCUCUUGUUGAUGUUUUAGUACAUUUUGUAAAGGGUAAAGUGUGUAGCAGUUUAAUUUAAAAAAAAUAAAAUAAAUAACACCUCUCCCUUUCUCGUUAGAGAUUUUACAUUUUAGCUGAAAGCAGCAGGGUGACAUGUUGGCCAUUGGAGUAAUACAAAAACCUUUUCAUUUAUUUAAAUCUGCAUAGGGACUUGGGAUGGUGCGCAUGACACCCAUCAGGCAACCAGCUACAAAUAAAGUACCCACAUAACGCACAAUUUGUUUAGAACCCACAUACACUUAUCAAGUAAUAUUUUACUUCUGUUAUAUAUUCUGGAUGCAUACAUUUUUCUUCUAUCACUUAUAUCUCAAAUUCUAAUAACAUCUUAACAAUUUUCUUAGAUGGAAAAAAGAGAGGAUCCAUCUUCAGUGGACAUUAAGGAAGUAUUGCUGAAUAUGCGAAGUUAUAGAAUGGGAUUAAUUCAGACGCCAGGUCAACUGAGAUUCUCAUACAUGGCUGUAAUCGAGGGUGCAAAAUAUAUAAUGGGGGACUCAAAUAUACAAGUUAGUAUACAAUUAUCUAAUUGAUGUUGUAGCAUUGUGUUUAAUUGGUAAUAUGUCAGCAAAAAAAGUCAUUUUAAACCUGUCAAUCGGCAUGGAAUGUAAAAAUGUUUGUUUGAUAUUCACAGAUGAUAAUGCCUUAUAUUAACGUAAAGAUUAAAAAUCAAAAGGUCCCACGCACUGUGUAAUGAAAAAGCAUGUAAAUUAUUUAGGCCCCACAGUAAGCAAUGAUCAAACUCUGCCAUGUUUAACAGUUAACAUAUCAUGAUGGUAUUUAUUCAAUCUCAACUCUAUGUUGACAAAAUAGCUGAAUUAUUUGUUUCACUUCAUCCACACACAGAAUGUGGCCUCUUUAUCCCCCAAUUCCUAUUGUGCAUGCGAACAGUGUUGGUAUUUGCUCUAUGUUUGCAGACAGCAUAGCAGUAAAGCACAAAAGGUUCAUGAAAAUAUUUAUCCGGUUAAUUCAAAGUGAGUUAAAAGCGAAUUUCAAAGGCCAAAGUAGCUGAGGUGAUAUCAUUAACUUGUUUCCAGUUUGGAUAUUUCGACCUUAAAUUUGAAAUUCUCUUUGAAUUCUCACUUUAGUUAAUAAUCCUGUGAGUUGAGUUAAGUCAAGUAUUGUAUAAUGUGUAAGCAGCUUUGUUUUUGCUGUUGAUUACAUGUAUAUGUGUGAAUUCAUUCUUGUUUUACAUGUAAACUUUGUUUGAAUGUUCAUUUUAGAACAAGUGGAAGGAACUUUCAAAAGAAGAUCAUUCCCCAAAAGCAGAAAAAUGUCCAUCUCUCCAGAGACCUACUGGGGAGAGGUACAAUGGGAACAGGGUUUCUGUGGAGGAGCAAGAGCAAACUGAGAAAAAUUCUGACAUGUGUAUUAAACCUUAUGAAACUUCAGAUGCCGACGCAGAAAGGUAAUUGACAAUAUCUGUUUGCGGUCAACAAAUAAGGCAUUGUAAGAAAAAACCUCUCCAGCUAGCUGAAUGUCUUGUUUAACCAACUGGCAGCAAUCUAUAGAUUAUAUUGGCCACAUAUGCCUGUCUGUUGCAAUAUAAAGGUGUGUAUUUUUGUGUGAUAAUUGUAUCUAUUUUUAAUUAAACAAUUGCAUGUAACUCUUUAACAUUCAUUGACAGAUUAGUAUUUCUGCAAUCAGCUGGCAUGCUGUAGUUAUUAAUCCUCAGCAGUGCUAUAUAUGACUAUUUAUUAAAUAAGAACAUUAAAGGCUGGUUGAGACUCUAAGCGGAUCUGAUUGUGAUGAUGGCAUGGUCUUAAGGAAAUGGGGCAUUACCUUGCCCCUGCACAAAGUAGGCCUAACUCUCUGUAUUUAACCAUAUAGACUACACUGACUACAAGCUGAUGACUCCUUUUUUUUCCUCCCCUCUAUCUCCAGUAUGGUUAGAAAAAGGGUGCGAGAAGAUCGGAAAGCCAUCACAUCACAGAAGGUGCAGCAGAUGAAACAGAAGCUGAACGAAGUGGAACGGAAAAGAAAAAGGUGGUUAUACUGGAAACCUUUUAUCAUUCCAAUUGGGUUGGCAACAGUCAUAUUUACAGGAACAUAUGUUUUUUGGAAAAUCUAUUCUUCAUGAAGGCCCUUGUAAUCCGGUGCUUGUAGGGGUGUUUCCAACACUCUAACAUUCCUUAGGUGCUGUGACUGGUGCAGACCAACCCCUGAGAUACUGUGUGUGCUCUUAAAUGGGCAUGCUAUCUGUGUCUGAUUGUUUUAUGUCAUCUGUAUCUCAGGAUGUCUUGGAGUCAUGUACUGAAGCUGCUACCUUUUUGUAGAGAAAAAUUACGGUACCUUUUUUCAUUUUUAUGUAUUUCUGUGCUUGCUUGUUCCACAUGAUUGCGUCCAAUGUCGUCACUGUUUACUAUUGUUUUAAAAAGGUGACUUCACAGAACUACCUGGAGUUUCACUUGUGUCAACAGGUCAGGAGAAGACCACCUGUGCAAUUAAGUGACUUCUUUAGGUUUUUUGGAUUCCUCCAUGUCACUUAUUGGUUAUAUCUUGAAUUCUCAAAAAUCUCCAUGAGGCAUGUUCCAUUAAUAAUUACAAAGGAAAUACAUGGUGGAAUGAGAGAGACCUCAUAGUACUGCUUGUUCCUGGAACCUUAAUUUCACAUAAUAGUUUAAGCGGCUUUAGGUUUGUGUAAAAGCCGUAUUUGUAAAUCCAGGCAUAUCUGCAUCAGAUUGACCCUGAAUCAUACAUACCUGAUUUUUCCACUAAUCUGAAAAUGUACUUUUCAAUAAUGGCUCUGUAUUGUAGACCUUACUGGGGAUGUAUACGCAGCAGGUGUACGCAAAAGACUGAAGUGGCUUAUGCCUUUCCUAUUGGAAAUAAUUUCUAAAACCUGUAGAAGAAUGCAUCCUAGGUGUGUGUGUUUGUAUGCAUGUGUGUGUCUGUAUAGAACACACCCUGCUUCAGAUGGAAUUUGCAGUUUUAUAGCUGGUGUAAUUUCUUACAUAUAGUUUGUACUGCUGACUAAACAAUACAUUUCAUUAUAAAAUAUUAGAGCUUACUAUAAGGUAUAUAAUGAUCUUAUACCUUGUAAAGUGGAAACUCAUAUUGCCAAGUAGUUUCCCACACAUUAAUACUUGGGAAAAAAAACAGAACAUUUUCUAAAAUACAUUCUCUGGCUUUUUCCACACUUGCAACUAUUGUCCUUCUUCUUUUUCUGGCCAUACUAAGGUGAGAGACAUUGACAAGUCCCAUGAUUUGGUUGAAAAUGUGUGUUCAGAUAGUUAGUUAUUCCAUCCUUUUCUUCUGACUCCUGUCCUCACAAUAAUCGCUACUACACAUGCUAACUAACAAUGUAGCUAGGAGAGGCCAUGCUGGUGGCUGCUUUUGUUAUAAUUUUAUAUGUUAAUAAUUAUCAUUUUUUUCUGUAUUCAUGUUCUGUGAAAGUAUUGCUUUGCACAAAGUUUUACUUUUUAUUAUUUUUCUAUUGUUAUUGUCAUUAUUUUAAACUAGUAGUUUGCAUUACAAAGGCUAUUGUUUGGGAUGAGUAUUUCGUUUGACAUCAUCUGUGUGUUUGGCCAAGCACAGCACAUUUCAUAUUCACUACCUAAUAAAGAAUCAGGACUUGGUUCCUUUGAUCUGGUGUUGGGCCUUUGUGCAGUUUAUAUUAGAGGGACCACAGGUUAAGGCAACCCUUGCUUCUGGUGCUGUGAAACUACCUUUUUUUUUUUUUUUUUUUAAAACUCUUACUUUUGCACUAAAUGUACUGCAUAAAGGCCCAGUUUAGCUUUGUUGUUUGCAGGGAAUUGUCUCAGCAAAAUAGGCUUUAAACUUUACAUUCCAUUUUUCCAAAUUAUUUAAGAAUGAGCUCCUGUGCAUAUGCAGGGUCCGUUCUUAUAACAUGAUGAAUGUUUAGCUAGCACACAUGGCCAGUUGUAGGACUGAUCUAGUAUUAAUUGUGCCAUAGUAGGCAGAAUUGCCACUUUUAUGUUUAUUUAAUAAUUAUGAAUCUAAAUAGUGAAUACCUAGUAUGGAAUGUUUAAACACAUGUUCAGUAUCUGGGAAUGGACCAAAGUGUGUAUUUUUUUUUUUCUCUCUCUCUCUUCCUGUCAUGUCUGGUCGAACAUAUUGAUUUCUGACUUUAAAUCUCUCUGCAGUCUAUUUUUUUUCAUUUAAGAAGCAUUGAGGUGUGAAUUUUAAACGGAUGUGCAGUUUUCCAGAAUGCUACGUAGUGUUCUUAAUAGAUUGGCCCUUAUUUGGCUCAUCAUCUACUAUUCAUUUAUGCAUCGGCCAUGGACUUUGCUAAAUAUACACGUGACCAGCUAAUGUAGAGAUUGUUGGGAGUGAGUUUGUAGUUUAGAAAUGAGUGGCGUGCACACUGCACUCUAAGGCUCUGAGUGAACCUCCAAAAUGAGUCGUCAAAGGUAGUGGUUAAGUAUAGCAGACUAGGUUUUAAUUUGCUUCCUUGUUUUGGCAUUUACAUUACAAUUCCUAAACCAUACCUGCUGUAGCAUUAUUUUGUUUAAAACUUGCACCCCUCGCUUGAAAUAUGACAUAUGUAUUGGUUUUGAAGUCAAUCCGCAUUAUUCAAGAGUUUAGUUUUUCAAUUUUAAAAGCUAGUAUUAGCCACUAGUUGAUUACAUGUUUGGAGAUGAUAGUGCUUGUAUGGUGGAGACAUUUGCAGGUCUUUGACUCUUUCUUUAUAGAGCAGGAUAUUGUUGACUUUAUCCUCCUUUUAUAAGUUUUUUUUUUUUUUUUUUUAUGAUUCUUCAAGUAUGUGAGGGGAAAUGAAUACAGAGACUAUCUACUGUAUAGGGGAAUUGAAUACAGAGACUAUAUACUGUAAGCAUGGUUACGAUGAAAGCAUUCUGAAUUCGAAAUGCUCAUUUUAUCUUUCGAACAGGUUUAGGUAUUUCUAAUAAACAGCUAUAAAUAAUUUACUGUAUUACCGUUAGCCAAACUGCCUGUUAUACCUAUGAAAUUUAUUUGAUUUCGGAUAUCUUCUAUUCAGUUGGCACCAAACUGAUAAAGCACCACUAUCACAGAUAAGUCCGUGCACUGACAUAUGCCAUUACUUUGUUCAUAAAAGUAUGUUGUUUAGUAACACUGGUAGCGACGUAUUUGUUCCAGCGCUCUGUAGUGAUUAUGGUGCUAGAAGUGCCCUUGCUCUUCCUCCAAUGUAACUAGUCUACCAGUUUAAACACUUUUUUUCCUUUUCUUAACCAAGGUCUGGUGGGCACCAGUCCCUAACUUUAUGAGAGCCAGAAUGUGUGUGCCUGCGCCAAUUACAGGCGCUGCGCCAAUUACAGACGCUCAGCCAAUGAACUGGCCCUGCAUUGCAGGACUUUGCUGAGGAAGGUAAUGGAAGCUCCUAAGUAAGAGCUUCUAUCUCUCUGCAGUUGAGAGAGUGGGGGUAAAGAGUGGCACCCAACAGAGCCUUGGUAAGAAGACUUACAACUUACAUUGGGGACGUGGGCGUGCACCAAAGCACUCCUUGCACCAUAACCACUACAGCUUGCUGUAGCAGUUAUGGUGACAGGAGGGUUCCUUUAAUAAUUGAAAACGUGUGUUUCCAAUCAUCCUUCACUUUUUUGAGCUUGCCAAAGUGUAAUUUCCUGUCUCUCCUAAUUCUGUUGCAAGUAAGUGUAAUUGUGUGUUGAUUGUCUAGUUGUGCUGGUUGUGCCUUUAUUAGAAUACAGAAUGUAGAAAGCACUGCAUAGCACUUUUGUUUGGUUGUCAGAAUUUAUAAAAACACUAUGGGAUUAUUUCAGUGUGGGUGGAACAUACAUUGUAAUUAUAGCACAGGCUAUUCUUCUAUUUCCCCAUUUUUAUAACAAAAUUGCAUAAUGUUACAGACACUUCCACAGAUGGUCUUUUAAGUAGCACGCAGAAUUGUUGGGAACUUACUGAUGCAGCCUAGAGUACACGGUUUGUGUAUCACUGGUUGCAAGUGAUGGCUAAAAUUACUGUAUCAUUUGAGAAUUGUCUCCCUAAUCCAAUUCCUGUACUUGAUAAGCAGAUCCUGCAAGUAUAAUAGCCAAGGUGGGGCCAACCAACACAAGAACAGUGUAAUCAAAGGAAGCUUAGCUGAAAGGCAGCCAUCAUUCAGACUAUAUAACAAUGCCAAGUGCAUUUAUUAAAAGACAUUUACUAUUCAGAUUUCUAGACGUUAAGUCAGUCUCAUGGCAAUAUAACUGCAAUAGUCUUCCUGUCUGUCUGACCUGCAAAGUAGAGUUCAUGGUUUACUUUUUCAAUUUCUUUUGUAUUCAGGGGGAAAAAAAAGUAAUAAACAUUUAAAAAAAAAAUAUUUAGCCUGUCUGUGUUUUUAUUUGAAUCACUUAAGUGAAAACUUAUGUCAGCAUAAAAAGAAACACACAUCAUUAUAUGGAUUUUGCAGUGGGUCAACCAUUACACUCCAUGCGAAAUGUGGUUUUAAAAAUAUGAAGUUGUGUUCCUGUUGCUUAUAGUUGAUACCCCAGCUUAUGGGAAAUAUGUGUACCACAGCUGUUUGCAAUGCAAAUUGUAUGUGUUUAGAUGGAGCGUGGAAGGCAUGUGCAUGUAUUAAGAAUGUCUCUUAUGAAUAAAUGCCACAGUACCCACUAUUCCACUGCAGGAUGUAAAUAAAUAAGCAUGGUUUUAUGAACUCUUGUAUUCAAGGCAGAUGUGUUGCGUCUUCAGGAUCUCUGCAAGUGAACUUGAACGGAUUUCUCUGCAGCUCGGACUCUGGAAAGCUGCCGAGUUACACUAUAUUAGUAGAAACUUGCAAAUUUAGUAAGUUAACGUAUAGUUCCUGAAAUCCCCAAGCACAAAGUUAAAAUUCAUGUUUGUGUCUUUUUUUUUUUUUUUUUAUGUGUAUGUUUGUGUAUUAAAUAAAAAUACACUCCUCUCUUGGCUAAGUACACACAUUCUGUUCUUUUUAAAACAAAUUAAUAAUUCUAAAUGUAUCUUUCAUUAGAUUGAAAUAGUCUUAUAGAAUGAGUCUAUAAUGUCAAGUCUAAAGAGGUCAAGACAAGACACCUCUUUCCAUUGCUAUGUAUAAGCUAGCAUAGGUUGUUAUGGUUCUUGAAGUGACUCUUUUUAAAGGGACACUAUAGUCACCAGAACCACUACAGAUUAAUGUAGUGGCUCUGGUGUUCUAGCCUGCCUCUGCAGGCCUUUUAAUGUAAACACUACCUUUCAUAGAAAUUUCAUUGGUGCCUUUUAACACUUCUAGUGGCAGUCACUCAGACCAUGCCGCACUGAUAUGAGUCUCUCUCUCUACACUCUGCUUGGAGGUGCUAAAUGUUUCCCAUAAAGAUGCAUUGAUUCAGUGCAACGUUCUGCAGCACAUAUGCAAUAGCCUCCCAAUGCUCUCUUGUGGGAAAGCUUUGGAUUGGUGGAGAUAAUCAAGAUUGAUGAUCUCCGCCAUGGCAGCUGAGCAAGCCUUAGUGAGACCAGUGCAAAGUGGGAGAAAGUGAGUAAACUUAUCUUUUCAAAGUGAGGCAUGGGGGACUGUGCACACAAUAAAUCCUAAUUGCAUUUAGGAAACACAAGCCAACUAAUAAGUUUAGUUAUUAAAACUACAUAACAUAGCCAUGCUAGUUCAAGCAAACCUAUGCAGAAGAAGAAAAAAACCUCUGGGGUCAGAAAUGCAUUUUUUUUGUUUGUUUAAUCUCUCAUGAUCUUUAAAGAAAAAUGUCGUUCCCCCCCCUUUUUUUUUUAUUGUCUCCGGUUUCAAACUCUUGAAAGGUACUCUGCAGACCACUAGAACACUACAGCUCUACAGCUUGCUGAAAUGCUUUAUGUUUACUAAGUGUCUCCUAUUUUUAAUUUUACAAAAGGUGCUGAUUUCACUCAAAAUUGGCACUUGUAUAAAUUAACCUUCUUACAACCCCUUGCUUUUUAAGCAGACAGCAGGUCACGUUACUUCCUUGUUGUUUAGCUCAGUGGAGCUAAACAAAGAGGCAGCAAUUGCUCAGAGCUUCUGCCUAGUAAAGACUUGUUAUUGAGUUGCAUUGGAGACAUCUGUGAUUGGACAGUCACAGAAAGUCUAGCCUGGGAUUUUAGAUAUACCGCCAAUCAAAAAAAUGGUAAAUCAAAUGUAUGCAUGUUCACUUGGGGUAGAUCUACUAAACAGGGAUGUUUCUGUUUGUUUGGGCAGUGGAGUGCCCAUUUAAAAUUACUCGUAUCAACCAGUUAAAGAAAAGUCAAAAUGCAUUAAUGCACAAACUACAUACACAUGACUGACAGACAUCUAUGGGAAAACUGAUUUUAAAGUGUACAGAAUGUUUGUGAUUUGACUGAUUGUGUAUUACAUUUAAAGAGACAUACUGCACUGAAAUAAUCUGUACAAUUCUCAUUUAUAAGGCAGGAGAUUGAACCUGUUUUAAUUUAGCCAUAAACCUUUCUAUUUUAUUUUCUCCUUUUUAAAACAUACUGAAUUGGUCAUUUUGUUUUGCAUUGUGUCAUAGGCCAAGGCUCCUCGAUACCUAA